AUGGUCGCGGCGGCCAUUUUGGAUUUUGCCGUGAGGUCUCCAUUUGGUCCGUUCACCGCUCGGUUUGAGGAGGUGGUCUCUGCCCCUCCGGUGAGGUCCGGGAUAACCCCCCCGGCCCACAGGGGGGGAGAACGGGGCCCUUAGUAGGUGUGAGAGAGGUCCCGCCGGACUAAGCACGGGAGAUCGGCCGCUUCUCCCGCCAGAGCCUCACGGCAGGCCACAGUCCCAACUGCACUGCAUACAUCGCUGCCGGUAGGACGGGGGCUAACCCGGAUAAUGUGAGUGGUUGCUUAGCUUUCUUGUAACUGCCGGAUGGUAGUUUUUCAGGGGAGAAAAGUUCAUUUCAGGCUGGUUAUAGGAGAUUUAUUCAGGAGCCGAGGUGCCCCACGUCCAUCCAGCUCGGCGGUCAGGCCCCGCCCCCCAAGUAUGAUGUAUUUAAUUUUACAAUAACUUUUAUACAUUUAUAAUUAUGCCCUCCUUCAUAUCUAUAUCAAAGAAUCUUCACUUCACUGGAGAUAGCAAUGUAUUGUGGGCAAUUGCUUGGGAUCUGAUUAAUAUGAGCUUCCUAUUCUAGCCACUAUGGAUUAACUGAAAUAAUACUGGGACCCAAAUUUGGCUGCUGACCCAGAGGUUAACAACCAUUGUGUUUAAUUAACCGUCUUAAUUGCAGCUCGUUGGGUUGUAUCAGUGAGGGAGAAGGUUCCAAACGCCAAACCUUUCACAGAAAUUGUUACAGAGCCAUUUCCAUUAAAGAGUUACACUUUAGUGAUUUGAAGUGGUCAUGGUGUCUGUAUGCGCAGCAUUUUGAAUUGAAACGCACAUAGUGUUUAACCCUUCUGUGACCAGAGGUGUAACUCUAUCUCCUUCUGUGUCAUUAGCCUGCAUGGAACAAGGUUUCCAGACUGGGUAAUGUCAAUUCUGUGCAAAUUUGGUGUCUGACACCUCCGUCCAACUCAUGUUUUCCCAUCAGUCCUCCAGUGAGAGAUGAGUGAUAUCUGCGGAAGAGGAUCAUUCUGCAGGGAGAGCUAGGCAUGGGUUCUGAAACAAAUGUAUGUUUUAAUUCGUUUUUCUUUAUUUGGGGGUGCAGGGUGGUAGUAUAGGAAUGUACAAAGAUAGAUCGGGGCUGCGCCACAGGGAGUAACGGAAUAUCGUCAAUAACAGAAAGUCCAGUGGUAUAAAAGAAAACCUUUAGGUUCACACCAGAUGAUAUAUUCAACGAGAAAUGUGGGUUCUUAAAGCUUGGGAAUGGUAUCCAUAAUCAGUCUCUCCGAUAUUCAUUUAUAUGAAACGGAGAGGGGGAGAGAAAAAGGACCUAAUAGUGCAAUAUGUAUCAUAUAAAGUGGUUAUGGUGAGGUAAUCAUAAUGCACUCACAUUUGGCAGAGCUAUAGCCAGCUCUAGCAUCUAGCGAUUGUAGUGGUACAAUCCCCACUUCGGGAUAUAUUGUAGGUAUCUUCAGUCUUUUGGAUUAACUGGAGCUCAAGCGACAACAAAAGUAGGGGGGCAACAAUAGUGCUCUUAAUAAGGUAAAAACCAAGUGUAAAAUGAUAUAUAUAAAAUAUACUCACAUAACGUAGAGCAGGCUGACUGCUCGAUGGUAUCAGCUCUGGUGGUAUGAACCCCACCUCAGAUUUUAUUUUGUAGUCAAGAAAUUUUAAGAACAUGUACUGAUUCUCCUUUGUUCUGCAAUAAUAGUAGUGUAGGAAGUAUAUUCCAAAACAACUGAUUUCAUAAACCCAUUAGACCUUUCCUCAUUUUAGUGUUGUCCGUGCUCUUUUCUCUGGUACAUCACUUAUACUCUCCCCAGUGCACCUCAGUCCCCCCAAUCCAUUUAAGGGUGUUAUCCUCCCAUCUACGUCGUCUUUAUCUUCCUACCAGGUUUAAUUACAUUUUCGACAUCUAUAUAUGACAUAGUUACAGGGCUCCCAAUUGUCUUACUUUCUGGCUCAUAUCCCACCGUCCUGGUUUAGUUCCCUGGUGUCCCACAUCAUUUAUUUUGCAACUAAAUUUUUUGGGUUUAAAUUUUGCCGUUUUAAUCUUUCUAGUACUUAGUGAGUAAACCCCAAAUUCAUUGAAAACCAGAAACUUUGUCGGUUUUAUUUUUUGGGGGUGGUGUUUUUUUUUGUUUUUUUUGUUGUGUGUGUGUGUGCAGUGUCUGAAAAGAAUAUAAAAUUUAACGACUGUUUGCAAAAUGACUACAGAUAUAUUAUGUCAGUGAUAGUCAUUAGCAUGCGAGUUUCUUCUAGAAAUGUAGUUUCCCUGGUUUGGCAUUUCAGGAGUUAAUUGUGAAAGGCUGGUUUGUGAUGGAAUUGACUACAGUAGCAGCCAUAGGAAUUAAUCCCAAAAUGCCCUCUGGGGGUAACAGCAUUCCUUAUAGCAAGAAAGAGAGAGGGGACAGCUGGGGUGGGAGUCAGGGCGAGAGGAUAAAUACAGUAACAUUGUGUCAGCACUGGUAAGACAAGCAAACAUGGCUGCUCUCAGGAAGGCUAUUUAUGGCCGAAUCGCUGGUAUAGGCGGAAGAAGAUUAGGCCAAAUUGUACUGUAUGGGCACAGGGAAUCUCAAACAUUUGCAGCCACAGCUGAGCGACGGUGUACCAGGAUCUGGAUAGUGAGCACAUUGCUGUACUGAAUGUGUACAUUAAGGUGUGCGGACAGAGUGCAUAUAAUUUGGGGGCACGCAUGGGUUUUUUUUAUUUUCAAUAUAAUAUUUAGUGCAAGCUCAACCUUCAAAAUGGUCAUUUCUAUUCACUAAGUUAUCAACAAACUAAAAUGGAGAGAGACUAACAGCAACAACAUAUGUGAGGAAGGCUGAACCUGAUGGACACAAGUCUCUUUUCAGCUAUGUAACUAGUUUUAACUUGCCACCAUCACACUUAUACCUUUUUUUUGUGUGUGUGAUUAUUUACAAAUGCAAUUGAUAAUCUUAUUGAACUCUUUAGAACUUAAGUGCAAAUAGGAACUAGCACGGGCGACACUGUUAUCAAUUGAGCUAUACAUUAGGGUGGUCCUCGGUGCAACUGUCACAACCGCUGUAAUUUCUGUAAGGCAAGACUGCACUGUGCACUGACAGGCGACUCUGUUUAAACUAAGGGUUUACUGUGCAUCGAUACACCCGUCUGCGUAAACUAAGGGUUUACUGUUCAUCGACACGGAUGUGUGCGUAAACUAAGUUUUUCAACUAAAGUGUCAGCGCUUAGUAGAUGUUACAUAGUUACAUAGCUGAAAAGAGACUUGCGUCCAUCAAGUUCAGCCUUCCUCGCAUAUGUUUUUGCUGUUGAUCCAAAAGAAGGCAAAAAACCCAGACUGAAGCGCUUCCAAUUUUGCAACAAACUAGGAAAAUAAAUUCCUUCUUGACCCCAAAAUAGCAGUCAGAUAUCUCCUUGGAUCAAUCAGAUAUUACCCCACUAAUAUAAACCCCUAGGAAAAUAUUUUCUAGGGUACCACAAACUUAAAAAAAUGAAAGUUCCAAUGUAGGAUAUAGAUUGAGGGGGAUCAGCAUAGAUGGUUAACUGACCACGCUGUGUAAGAAAUCCAAUUUCACAUAAACUGCAUCCAUUUCUGUAUCACUUUAAGGUUACUUUGUAUCCACCUAAAUAAAAUCACAAAAAAUAGCAACAUAGUGUAACACAGUAAAUGUAUUGAAACCAUCCCAAAUUCCCCUUGUUGGAACGCUUACAAGAUGUGGUGCUCGUUUCCAAGUUCCCACUAAUAAAACACGGGGUGCACUUUAGCCAGCAAAACAGUCAGGGGGUUACUGGUCUGUCAGCAAAGAGAUACUGUCUGCUCUGUGCACUCGAGCCGAAUUGCAGCACUCCUGGCCUGAAAAAACGCCAGCUCCCUUUGCCGCUGGAAGGCAAUACCUUGUGUGUUGGUUCAAAGUCUGAGAUAUCUUAUCGGGCACCAUCAAUGUGUUUUUCCCCUCUAUAGUGGGAGAUAGGAUUUUGACAGGAUAUUUUUGAAUCAAAUAUAAUUUGUUUGUUUUUUUACUACAUCUGCUGCCUGCGUUCAGGUGUACCUGAUGCACCAACUGGUAGGCAAGUCCAUAACAGCACUUUCCUGGGUAAGAAAUAUCUGUUUCACUUUGGGUUAUUUUUGUUGGUUUAUAGUUUAUGUGCCAAAUUGUACCCUGUGUUGCAGGCACGUCUUACUGUAACCAAAAAACAGUGUUUUAAGAAAAAACUGGAUAUGGUUAGAGCAGGGGUAGGUAACCAGACAUAAUGCUGGUAAAGCUUCAUGGGAAAUGUAGUCCAAAACAUCUGGAGUGCUGAAGGUUGCCUGGAGUAACCUUUUCUAUAAAGGGUAAAGACAAGCUGAGGAGAAUACAAAGUAACACGGAGUGGGGACCUGACGCCACUGUGAGACAUCCAGGAUGCACAGAACUGGCAUUAGUCAGCCUUUAAUGCUAAUGACACCCCAAUGACGCUGCCAGACGUUGUUACACAUUCACAAAUCCAGGGGUUAAACUAAGUGUAUGCAAACUCCAGGUACCAUGACCACUUCAAAUAACUGGAGUGUUCAUAGAACUUGGAGUAAUCCUUUAAGGUGUGGUGAUAAAAUGGUGUACAACUCAUUUUUGUGACCAUUGAAGAUGAAGAUGCCGUGGAUUGUAACUCCCAUCACACUGAUGUAGUUACCCCCUAAAACCAAGAACCCCUAUAACGUUAAGCCUACAUGCACCCUAACCCUAUGGAUACCUCUCUGUAUUAUCAAAGCAGCUGCAGAGGGGAUGACCCAGGGUACUAGGGAGAGUUCCACUUUAUGUCAGUUCACUUGAAAAUGGUUUGCUGGACCCCCUAGUACCAUAACUGCUACCAUGAUCUGCAGUGCUUAUGGUGCAUAGUGUCCUAUCAAUCGUAUAUAGUCUGUACAGCUAAGGUAAUCAGUUAGUAGCUAUCCAGCUGUAUGUGAAAUCCCAUGAUGCUCAGCAAUCAUCCUAAAAUGGAGCUUCACGUUUUUCACAUUUUUGUAAAUAUUUUAUUAUAUCUUUUCUCUAUUUUAUUUUAUCUAUUAUAUCUUUUCAUGUGACUACAUUGUAGCAGAGUGUCAUUUCUUCAGUGUUAAGUAGUAAGUGUACAGUCUGUAUAACUUUACAUUUGCUGUCCCCUCAACAUAACAACACACAGCCAUUAAUGUCUAAACCGUUGGCAACAAAAGUGAGUACACCCCUAAGUGGAAAUGUUAUGGGCAAAUGUCCAAAUUGGGCCCAAACUGUCAAUAUUUAGUGUGGCCACCAUUAUUUUCCAGCACUGCUUUAACCCUCAUGGGCAUGAAGUUCACCAGAGCUUCAUAGGUUGCCACUGGAGUCUUCUUUCACUCCUCCAUGACAACAUCACGGAGCUUGUGGAUGUUAGAGACCUUGCGCUCCCCCACCUUCUGUUUGAGGAUGCCCCACAGAUGCUCAAUAGGGUUUAUGUUUGGAGACAUGCUUGGCCAAUCCAUCACCUUGGCAUUCAUGGUUCCCUCAAUGAACUGUAGCUCCCCAGUGCCGCCAGCACUCAUGCAGGCCCAAACCACGAUUCUCCCACCACCAUGCUUGACUGUAUGCAAGACACCCUUGUCUUUGUACUCCUCACCUGGUUGCCGUCACACACGCUCAACACCAUCUGAACCAAAUAAGUUUAUCUUGGUCUCAUCGGACCACAGGACAUGGUUCCAGUAAUCCAUGUCCUUAGUCUGCUUGUCUUCAGCAAACUGUUUGUGGGCUUUCUUGUGCAUCAUCUUUAGAAGAGGCUUCCUUCUGGGAUGACAGCCAUGCAGAACCAUUUGAUGCAAUGUGCGGCGUAUGGUCUGAGCACUGACAGGCCGUCCCCCCACCCCUUCAACCUCUGCAGCAAUGCUGGCAGCACUCAUACGUCUAUUUCCCAAAGACAACCUCUGGAUAUGACGGUGAACACGUGCACUCAACUCCUUUGGUCGUCCAUGGUGAGGCCUGUUCUGAGCGGAACCUGUCCUGUGAAACCGCUGUAUGGUCUUGCCCACCAUGCUGUAGCUCAGUUUUAGGGUCUUGGCAAUAUUCUUAUAGCCUAGGCCAUCUUCCAGUGACCAGUAAAAGAGUGUGAGAGAGCGAUAACACCAAAUUUAACACACUUGCUCCCCAUUCACACCCAAGACCUUGUAACACUAACGAGUCACAUGACACCGUUAUACAUAACGGUAACACCGUUAUUUAUAAGAUAUGCAGGCUGUACACUUACUACUUUACAUUGUAGCAGAGUGUCAUAUCUUCAGUGUUGUCACAUGAAAAUAUAUAAUAAAAUAUUUCCAAAAUGUGAGGGUGUACUCACUUUUGUGAGAUACUGCUUAUUUAUUUAUUUAUAUAUAUAUAUAGUGUCAGUCACUGCUGUGUAUGUGGAAUGCAGACUGAAGGAUCUGAAAACUGAACUGCAAAUUCUCCAACUUAGAUAUUUUAGCCGAAAUGUUGCCAUUCAUUUUUCAGGUUUACACACACAGAAGAAAGCCCUGUGUAUAGGGAGUUCCGGGUUUCCCAGAUUUCCAGGGUCAAUCAUAUAAAUAAGACAGUAAUGUUAAUAUGAAUAUUUGAGGCAGUCUCGGGGCUGCAUUUCUGUUGAGUGUCAGGAAAGGUCAGCUGUGUCUGUGUCAAUGGGUUUUGUGACCACCUGUGUGACAGCGUGUGACGUGUGUGACAGUGUGUGUCGCUUGCUCCUUUCUCAGUCAGCUGCUGUAUAUAUAGAGCAGUCCAGCGUUCCAAAUUUCCUGGCUGACACCAUGAGAGGACCAGGGUUACUUAGCUGCUUCUUUGCAGCCCUUUUCCUGACUGUGCAUGCAGGUAGGGACUCUUAACCUGCACCCCAUAACCUCUGCUUCUCACUUAACAGGCUUGGCCAAGAUCCACUCUCAUAGUUGGCUUUAUUGUUACUUUGGUUAAAGGUUCUCAGUGGAUUUUGUCUUCUAAACUAGGACUUUCAAAUUAUUUCAUAGUGGGGGAUUUGCAACUUUUUUUAUUUAAUAUUUUUUUCUGAAGAAGUCAGUGACACUGUAUGUUACGUUACAACCCAGGCAAGAUGAUGGGGUGGAAAAGGUGUUGUUUGAUGUUCUUUGGGUCAUCAAAAAGUUCAGAAAUAUAUAAAAAAAAAAUUGAGAGUAAAUAUUGAUUUAUCACUUUAGUUGAUGCAGUUAACAACCAGAAAAAGGACCAAUUAUUCACCCUUUAAUUAAGAAAUAUUAUUAUUUAAUUUAUUGGUCCUAAAGAUGUCAGGACAUUUUCUUGUGUGUGUGUGUGUGUGUGUGUGUGUAUAUAUAUCAUUGAGUGGAUUCAAUUGACUUUAUUGCAACUAGCCAAUAAUUAGUACCUAUCACUAGAAACUCAUAAUUGCUGAACAUUUCACUUCUUUUUUUUUUUUUUUUUUUUAUAUCUUGAUCCGUAUUACAUUUACAAUGUAAAAUUUUAAUUGUUUUCUUGUACAGUUUUUUUUUUUACACUGUUGUGCCUGUGUUUAUUUAUAAGAUAACUUUAUAUAAAAGUCUUGCUUUGCCAUCCAAUAACUUUAAAUGUAUGGGAGUACUGUGUCUGAAGUUAAUUAUCCUAUGCACAUAAAAGUAUUGGAGCAAAGCAAUGGUGUUAAAUGGCAGACUGCGUUCUCUCAUCCAAUGGAAUAUCAAUAUCAAAGAGGUCACUUUAGACCUCCUUUUGAUGAGGCAAGGAAUCUGUGACCUAUACCGUGUCACAGCAAAAACAGUUCCUCUCAGAUGUUCGUCUUGGAAGACCGUCAGAUUUCACAUUCAGAGUUUUUCUCUUAAAUGUGGAUUUUGAGAAAUUCAAGUGAAUCGACUAAAGUAUUCAAACGGAAAAGUUCUCAAUGACCGCUAUAUUCUCAGUUAGACUAUUUUGGUCUUAAAUUUAAAGUUCACUCUGAGUUCCAUUUGAAUUACUGGCAUUUCACAGUUUGGUGAUUAACCCUUAUAGUACAGCCAGUGUAGCUCCUUACUAAAAUAAUUAGGGUGUUUGAGAGUCAAGCUGAUCUUUUAUUUAGAGCCAUUGAUGAUGUAUAUUGACAUACAUCUAUAUAAACUCUUCAGAUUAUUCAAUAAGCCGUGAAUCCCGGGGAAGUGACAUUAAACUUGCACACGUUAUGCCAAAAUAGUUGGAAUGAUUUUCAAAUUCAGCUAAUUUGACCUAAAAUGUCUAAUUCUCCUGUCAAUUCUUCACGGUCCUAAGAUUAAUGAACAAAAUUCAUUGGAUAAAGUAAGUAGUCACAGGACCUGAUAAGCUCUGUAUAACAGAUAAUAAUUUCAAAGUGUAGUCGCUGUUCCUAUCUGCCCAUUUGAUUGGGAUAAAAACAAUGAACUAAAUCACUUACACAUACAAAGAUGCAGAUAAAUAAAAGCAGAUUAAUGGAGCACUAUAAAGCUUGGGGAAUGAUUGUUCAUAAACGUUCUGUAAGAAGCAAAUGUAUUUAUAUAUUUUUGCUUUUCAUUCAUUAGAUUGUAUUUACCUAAUUAUUAUUAUUUUAUUUAUUUAUAUAGCGCCAGCAGAUUCCGUAGCGCUGUAUAAUAUAUUGAUUGUCGUCAAAUCUCGUGUCAUUUACUCUUUUUCCAAUAGAAUUGUGUACAAAUCCCUUCAGAUGUGCCGAACAAAUCAAAUGCCUUUCAAUCUCUAGACUGACAAAUCGAUUUGUUAUUCAAAUCAGGACAAAUGAAUUAGUUUGUCCAUAGAUGGUAUCUGAUUUUAUCGGCGCACUUGAAAUGGAUUUGUGCACAAGUCUAUUAUCCAAAACAUGUCCUAAUGUGCUUUUUGUAUUGUGAAAAUAUUACACUAAACAGAGAUUAAAAAAAUCCUCACUUUCUAUGCAGAAUUGUUGUGGCUCAUACAAGUUUUCUGGUAACAUGACUUUGCAAACACGAUUCAUUUACAUUUUAUUUUAGUAGCUAUCGUCUUUACUGAAAAAUCAGCUGUUCAUUUUGUUAAGUAGAAUUAUUUACUUCUGUUAUAAAUUUUUUUUAAAUUUAUUUAUUGGUAUAUUUACAGUGAUUUUAAAUAUAGUUGCCAUUUAGCAUUUUGGGGUCUGUGGUAAAACUCAUUAAGAGUAACUGAGAAAAACACUUUAGUUUGGUCUUCCAAAUGGACUAUCCAGAGAUAAUGAAUAAUUCCAGUGCGUUUUCCUUUGUAGCAUUUAGAAAGGCACAGAUCAAGGAUACAACAGCUGACGCUGACUGCACUGUGUAACAUGAGGUGUCCCCAGAGUGCUGGGUGACAGAUGGCUUUGGAAGGUGGAGGGAGCCACCAAAAAGGGGGGGGGGAGACGGGAUGGACGCACUGGUGGCAAACCAAGAGACUCUUUUACAGACAGUACGACAUUAAAGGGUUUAAGAACCAAUGAAAACUAUUAAAUGGUUAGCAAUUUUGGAAACACGAUAUUUCUCAAAUAUAUACUUUCAGGCCCACCCCUUGCACACACAGAUGGCAUCUCACACAGCCAAUUCCCUCUAUGUUUUAAAAAAUAAUCUAUAUAUAUAUUCAAGAAAAUCACUUAAUGGACCACUUAACUACACGGUUUUACAAUACUAUCCCUUCUUUUGAAAAAUUGUAGCAAGAUACGCCGCCUCCUUAUAGUUAGCUAGCAUUAAUGCAGCGUAAGAUCUCCAUUGUGGUGGGUAUCCCCCUUAUUAACCUUUUCUUUCUCUUCCCCCUCUAUCCUAGUUUAUGAAUUACUUAUAAAUUAAAAAACUAGUAUUAUUAUUGGUGUUUAUAUAGCGCCACCUUAUUCCACAGUGCUUUACAACAUUGUGAAAGGAGGGAAAUUUAACAAUAAAUGGGCCAUUUUGUAUGAGCAAUCUGUACUGUCAAUAUGACGCGCAAUAUUGCGAGACAUUACCUAUGUUACAUAGGGUAGUACAUACAGUUCUUAGAAUUGCUGCUUUUAUUUUGUAUCUCUAUCCUGAUACCGUUUGCACUAGAUACAAGUACAGUUGAGCUCAUCUGAUUUCUAGUGCAAAUCUGGAAUUAGACAGAGUUUAAUCUAUAAUAGGCACAGUCUCGCUGUCAUUGAGUAGUGGCCAGUUGUUCUGACUUUCACCCAGUGUCUCUGGUCUGGUAAUUGGUGGAGGGGGCUGUAGUAAUUUGUGUUUAGACUUACAUAACAGAAUGAGGUCUCUUGGACAAGGGGCAGACUACUGCAAUCUCAGAAUUAUGUUCUGAUAAAUCGACCUCGUUGAUGGAGGGAAUUCUCUCUUUUAUGAUUUAUGGUCAGGCUUGAACAGGUCUUCAUAUUGACUUUAACGAAAACAUAUAAAUGUGUUGGGGCAAUAGAUGUUGCAUUCUCUGUUUUAGGGUGUGUUCCUUAGUUUUGAGGCAAGUUCCUCUGGUUUUAAAAACAGAGAGGCGUGUUAUUGGCCAGUACAGAGUUUGGUCGGCUAUAUGCUUGGUAUGGGGUGAGGCUUGAAGAAACUGUAUCAGUUUCAAGCUUCAAAUUCACCUUACUGAUUUUAUUUUUCCGCUUGGCCUGGACCCAUCUUUCAGAGAUAGAAUUAAUCACAUUAAAUUGUGGUCAGAGUCUCAGAUUUAGGACGCCUGAUUAAGUUUUGUGGUGUAUUAUUGAGUUAAGCUGCAGUUUUACAUUACCGGGCACUUUUGGUUUCUAAAUCCCUCAUCGACUCCAAGAACCUGACCUGGGUGGCAAGUCUCCUAUUUUUAUUUCCAGAGCUGCGGGCGAUGAUCCCUCAUCCAUCACUCUAACUGUGACCUGCAGCUCUGAUGCAAUCACAGACGGUGGGUGGCAUUAGCAGUUCUAGGUGGUACUUUCUCUUUCAAUAAAAAUAAUACCUACAUAGCAUGUGAGAGGAAACUUAGGAAAUAUCAUAAUACAUUACUUUAAUUAACCCAGUGCAGUCCAGGAAUCAUAACAGAACGUUGCUCUAUGAUAAGUUUUGUCGUAAUGGAUGUUACAAGGAGUAUGUUACUCCGUUACGUACGUUCAUUGUAACGUUCUGUUGGUUCCUCUUCAGGUACAUUGAUGAACGCUAAAGACAGCGUGGUCGCGGACCUGAUGUGGCAAAGGGUUUAGAUGUUGACAUCUCAGCCCUUCGUCACUGACAAGGGCAACUUAUUCUACUGCUGAUAAUCUACAGGUCGAGUCAAAAGUCAGGAACCAAAAAUACCUGCACUGAGGGUGAGAUUUAUCAAGGCAAAACAGGUGCAAUCACAUUGGAAACCAAUAGAAUGUAGAUUUAGCACUGUGCUCCACAAUGGCACCAUUUUUUAACAUUUAUUCUUUAUAUAUCUCCUUUUUAAUGUUGAUUAAUCUAAUGACUACCAUAUCCGAUAGAUCAAUGUUUGUACCCAUGAUGUAUGUUAGGCUACCUCUCCACCAUCUUAAAAACAUAACUAGAUAUGCCACAAGCCCAGGCAGGAGGGGGGGGCUGGUGGGCCAAAUGUGAUAGAUUUUCCUGGCCGAGCACUGCAGGGCCGGCACUGACUGGAGAGGUGCACUUGCUCUCCAUCUCCUUUGCACUGAAUCAGAGCGUUGCCGCUGGUAACCAUGGCAACAUUUCCCAGCUCCGGCUAGUAGAAGCUGUGAGUGCCAGGAGGGGGGCAGACAUGCUGCAUCUCCCACCGGAACCACCAAGGAUCAGGAUUUACCUAAAUGAGCCCCUACUCCCUACUACAGACCCUACAGGGGCUAUAGUGAGGUGAGAUGGGCUGUAUUGGGGGAGGAGGGGUAGAGGCUGCAGAGGGCUGGAUCCACAGUCCCUGUCACCCAACUAUAUUCACCAUCCACCCCACAAUAGUCCCUAUCCAACCACUACAGCUCCUAUUCUCUCACUACAUCCCCUGUCACCUCACUAUACCCACAAUAUUCCAUAUCCUACCUCUACUGCCCCUGUCCCCCCACACCAGCCAUUAUCACCCCUCUAUUGCCUGUAUCACCACAUGACAGCCUCUGUCACCCCAUCAUACACAAUGCCCACCCCACAAUAGUCCAUAUUCUCCCAUUACAGCCCCUAUUUCCUCACAAUAGCUGCUAUAACCCGUGUCACCCCACUAUGGCUCCGUCACCUCACCAUACUCACUAUCCAUCCCACAAUAGUCAAUAUUCUCCUACUGCCUCCCCUAUUUUGCUUACUACAGCAUCUAUUCCUCCACUAUAGCCCAGUCACCCUACUAUACCUAUUAUCUGCCCCACAAUAGUCCCUGUGCUCUCACUACAUUUCUUGUUUCCCCACUACACGUCCUAUACCCCCCAAUAGCCAUUACCCCCCUAAAGUCCCUAUUCACCACUACAUCCACAACAUAACAAGCAACCACCCACCAACACGCAACCCAGUAAGCAGCAUUCUGACAAGCAUCCUCCAGACACAUACGCGCUCUCCCAGCCCUGUCCCACUUAUCAUCUAGCCACCCACCUAGUCACAUUCACCGUUCUAUCAAACCCCAAACCAGUCAUAUAAAUGCAUCCUAUCUCAUCCUCCCAACUUUGUGUAUUGAAUGCAUUAUCAUGUAAGCAUCCUAUUUAGAGUCCUGUGGGAACAAAUCAGAAAGGUCACUUCUAUGGACGGGUGUGGGAGAAGAGCAAUGUUUGUCUUUGAAGCUAAAGAUCUCCUCCUUGUAAGAUACAGAAUUUAUCAGAAAAGGAGAACAAGUAAAUUGGGCCUUCCACCAUUUAGGUCAUGUUGGAAAACUCUGCAGAAAUACAUGUUUGAGGUUAAUAAGGAUUUGGGCUUUGAGAAACUUGUUCUAGUGAAUCACAGUGUAAAAGAAAACUGUUUAAAAGCUUGACAUUCCAAUAGGGAUGGUCACAUGACGGAUAUCCUUUAUAUACAAAUUCUUAGACUUGGUUAAUCAGAAUAACUUGGAUUUGGAAUGUGAGAUCAGGAAGUGUCCAUCUAACAUUAAUCAUGAUAUGCUGAUUAAUUACGCAGGUUGAAUGUCAAUUUAGAGAAAUAUUUAAAGUCUUGACUUCUCCAACUGGGGUGUUAGAGCUUUCAAAUGUGCUCCAGACCAGCAGGGCCAGGACAGUCCAACUAUUGAGUAGACUGUUAAAAGACCUUCUGAAAUAUGCUGGAAAUUAGUGAAUGUGAGUCAGUCUGCUGGGUAUGAGCCAAUCUGCUUCCUGCGUAGUUUGGGUUCGAGGGUUUUUAUACCCGGUGUACAUCGAUAUUGCAUUUAGUUAGUAACAUGAUCAUGAACAUGUUCUAUGGGUCACACUGGUAUGUUAUUUAUCUUCUGCAAUCACAGUUUAUGGUGGCUACGUGGUAGAACAGGAAGUGAUGAUGGUUACUGAAUCUCGGUUUAUAGUGGUUCUUGAAGACCACAGCUUCAAUCACUCUACUAUGUAGUAGUAAUAAUAAUAAUGUACGUUUCGGAGUCUUUUUAUUAGGCGCCUAUCUCAAUCAAUCCACUGUCUGUGUAUAAUAAUCAGUUUACUUUAUACGUUUCUGAGUGAGCCUGCACAUCACUCUCAGGAUCUUAAUUUGCUUUUUGUUGAAACAUCAAUCAGUUCUCAUGGACGUAUAUUUUAUGCAUUCACCACCCUUCCCAUAAAUAUAGUGCAGAGACCGAUACUCCUCAAAGAGGGAAUAUGGUUCUCAGACCAUUUCCUUCCUACUAAUGUGCUUCCUGGAGAUGUUAAUAGUUACUUUGUAUACUAGCUAAUUAUGUGUUUUUAUAAAUGACUUCCUCAAUGAGAUUCUUUAGAUAUGGUAUCUGAAGAUUGACUGCAAUACUGUAUUUUACUCAUACAGCAAUAGUAAGUAGAACGGAGGCCAUUUACAUUCUAGAUUAAAAAGAAACAGUCGUCAUAGGUAAGUGAAAAGUUAACCCUAACCAGUAGAAAUUUACCUCUGCAGAGUGUGUCAUGGACCCUUCAGGCUUGCAGUGGCUAGUAACUCUUAAUGACUGGCUAGUGGUGUAGUACUUGAUAUUUUAAGCUCUGAGCCUGUACAUGACACCUUAGCAUUAUCUGCUGGGUACAUGGUCACCCCGGCUUUUCCUUCACCUCUCACGUGCUGAGAAGUAGACAGGGGGGCCCAACUAAAGUGGCAUCAUCUGUAAAAAAAAAAAAAAAGUUAUAUGUAACUUUCCAUAUGUAUAUUCUGACACUGAUUCUAAUUAUAAUCUAACCUACAGAUAUCUUGGUGACAAAAAGAUUGUGGUGAGACCAAACACAAUAUAAUUUACCACAAUGAAAUAAAAACAUUACUGUUGGGCACCGUCAUACCUCAAGUUGGACUUUGAAAGUCUUCUUUUGGCACAGAAACUCGAGAAAGUAUGUUUCCAUAACUUUCCCAGAGUUCCAAGCUUGACAUGUAAAUGAGCACAGACUGGCAUCUUGUUAGAUAAUGUGGAUAAAAAUAAGAAACCUGCUAGCCCUGAGUUAACAAAAAGUAUGUCUCCAGAUGUUGGGAUUGACGUUCUCCUGAUGCUUUGUCACUCUUAGAUGAGGCCGUAUAUCGUGUUAGUUAUGCAAAUUUUAGAUAUCUACACAUUAGAUGCCGCUGUUUUACGAUGUAUGGAAGAUGUUCAGAAUAGCUUCCUGUGGUAUUGUGGUUCCAUUAUCUAAUGGCCACUGGUAGUAUGUUAACCCAUCAGCUCUUUGUAUGAAACCACCCCAGAUGCAUGGAAUCAAGGGCAACUCCUUCAAAGAAUGCAAUGGUCACCUCUUCUGCUGGCUGUGCUUAAAGGGAAACUCCACACCCCUAAAGCACUUCAGCUGAACAGUGAUUUUUUUUUUUUUUUUGGGGGGGUGGGGGGGGGUGGAGGUCUGGGCAGUGGAGUGUUCCUUUAAUACAUUGAGGUACUCAAAGGGUUAAAGCCAAGUAGAUUCCCAUUUAUACUGGUUGAUAUAUAUUAAUAGUGAAACAUUCUACAAUAUAAAGUAUCUGUGUCCCCCUUCCCCCCUUAAAGUUUGCACAGUGUUGUUUGUGGGCACAAAAUAUUUUACAAUUCAUGUUUACUGGCAUUUCCUAGAUGUGCCUCCAAUGCAUUUUGAGUGCUCCUUUCACGGGCCAAACCUUUUUUUUUUUUUUUUUUUUAUAAGGAUUGAAAAUAUAGACCCUAUAAAAUAAUUGCGAUUCCUUAAUUACUUAAAUAAUGUGCUGUUAACAUACACUGUGAAAACUAAAAUAAAUCAACCGAAGGAAUUUUAAUUUAAUUUUUUUUUUUUUCUUGAAACGUGACACGCAUGCUUGGCAUUGCAUGUAUAAUAUUGCCACCAAGUAAAUGACUAUAAAUAUAAUAAUGUAUGAUAUAUAUAUAAUAAUGGCUGAUCUCGGCCCUGCACGUGGCUGGCUGAGCAUUAUGGAAAUGCCCUUUGCAGUGCCAAGGUUACCCGUCACUAAUAUGUGCAUUUGGAAUACCGAGUAAUAUUAAUUAACCCUUCUUCCUCUUCUGUAUUUGAGGAACUCCUUCCAGAGAGAAACGCACUACAUUCUUCUUUCUAUUGUAAAUCUCUUGGCAUCCUAAAGAUAAGGUCGAGGGGAAAGCCCACAUCGCCCCGUCCUCUCUCUAGAGCUGGUUCGCCUAUACCCUUGCUCGCCCUUGGGUAAAUUUAGGAUGCUCCCUACUCCCCCAGGGCCCAGGAUGCGUACCUAAUUAUUCUAGUCAGCUUUCUAAGUAUGGAAACACUACUGUAACAGGAUCCCAAACUGCUAUGGGCAAGCACAUCUCUGUACUCCUCUCCUAGCAAGCCGUCUGCCCUCCACUGUCCCAGCAUGGUCAGUUUGUCCCCGUCCCUCCCUCCCACUCCUCACUGUCACUCUGGCCCACAGCUGCUCUCUUCUCACACUGUCAUACAGCACAGUUGUGGACACUGACUAACUAUACCCAUUUAAGGUUAUAUUUCACUGCCCACGCGACCGUCGUGCAGCAGCCAACUGGGGCUUAUUCUGGAGCGGCCAAACUUUACAUAUGGACUCUAAGAAGUCUUCCCUCUCCAGAGAGGUGCUACAGCAGAUCAAUACAGCUGAUAAUGUUUAUGAUAAUUAGCCACGAACGUGUGAGAUAUUUCGUUCCUGAAAUUUGAAAUUCACAUUUAAUUCCUGACAAGUCACACUCUAGUGAAUGACUUGAAUUUUGCUCAGCUAAUGCCAGACAUGUAUAUUCAAAGUAACUGCUAGCUCAUAUUCACUGGUGUAUUCUUCAUGCAAUAACUGUAUCCAUUAAACAUAACAGGCGUGAAAAGGGGGCUUUCAAAAUGGUGAGCACUUCUGUGAUGCGUAGAGAAGAGCACAGCUUUGUUACAGAGCUCUUAAUAAUUGCGUAAUUAACUUUUUUUAUAUUAAUGCACAGGAUUUAUAUUAGCGUUGUUUUAGUGUUAUAUCAUGGUACACAAAGUUCCGUAGAAAACGCUGAAUGUCUUCUGUGGCUUAGGGUAUGCUGAGUUAGCAUUCUGCCUGGAAUGUCUCUAGUUUCCUCAUGUGUCUGAUAUAUAUUCACUUUUUCCACAAGAUUUGCUUUUAACACUCUGAAUGCAGUGCAUUCCUCUACAAUGAACUCAAACAGGGUUAUUCAUAAAAGGAACAGUCAGGGCACCAUAACAACCUAAUCAAAAUAAAGUUGUUAUGGUGCAAGGAGGUCUCUGACACUUCUUUAACUUUAGGAGGUAAGCCGUUCACGAAUGGUUUAACCCCUAAAUUGGCUCGUCCAACGCUGUUCUUAGCUGUCCCAUCCACACCCAGUUUCAGAAAAAAAGGUACGUACCUUUCUCAAGCCAUUUUAUGAAUGGGGAGCUACUGAAUGGUUUAGUACAUCAGCUGACCAAUGAAAGCCAAUUAGGGGCGCCUCUGCCUUUUAGCUGUGGCUUCCUUAAGCUGACUUUCUAAAAGUGUAUGUGUAUGCGGAGAACAAGGACUGGCGAUGGAAAGCCAACUUUUCUUGUUAUGGUACCUGGAGUUCUUUUAAAAGGUGAAUUGUGGGGGAUUCAAAGUGAAAUAAACAUACUCUGCCGAAAUAACUUAACUGAAAACAUAGAUGACUUUUUAUUUGGACUAUAUUUGCCAUAAAAUGUUAGAGAAUAACCCUGUAUAGCCUCUGAUAAGCAGAAAGAAUCUGGCGUAUUGGAGGGGAGCUCUUUUUACAGUCGCCCACUCAAGGCUUGUUAACAACGCGUGUGGCUGUAAUGAGAACCCACUCUGUCUUUCUCACAAGCCCCCAUCACCAGCCGCUAUUUAGUUACAUUCACCUGUCAUGUACCCUGUCACAUACUGCCAUACCAUCACCCAGUUACGUAACCUGUUACAUAUUCCCAUAGAGUUACAUACAACCACCCACCUACUUACAUUCACAUCAAUAACCAAAUUACAUAUAUUUAUCCAGCAAUGCAGGCACAUUCACCUACCCAACCAUCUCCUACGUACAUUAUGAACAAGCUCACAUACACACAUUACAUACAGGCCGUCAUGCACAGAUCAUACACAGGAGCACAUACACAAAUUACAUGUGCAGUACAUGUAUGACAUAUCUGCAGCUUUAGGCUAUACGGAAUGGGAACCUGCAGUAUUAUGGCUAAAGGAACACUACAGCAAUAGGAUAUGUAGAUUCAGGAACCCCGUUAAAUUAAAUGAAAAAAAGAGAAGAAAUGUUUUUAUGUUUUUUACUUAUCUAUUUUCCAUCAGUGAGAAUUGCUCAGAGCUGCCGCCUGGGUCACCUCCUGUAACGUCAUCCUGCAGGUGAUGCUUCUGUGGCUCCUCUGCCAAUUGAAUGCUUCUAAGAAAGAUGCAUUAGGGAGAAAUAGCACAUGCAAGUCAAGCGCCACGCUUGUCCUAUCAAAUUCUUCUCAUAUGGAAGAAUUGCCUUCAAUGUUUCCCUAUGAUCAGCAUUUGACGACAUUGAACGUCACAAAACCAAGUCAAAUCGGUUGCUGCAGAAGCACCCUCUAAUUGCUUUCAGGAAGACUCCCUGUAUUUCGUCGUGCAAUCAAAACAUUGCUGUAUCCACUAAAUGACAAUAUUUUAGAUUGCAGGGCUAAAAUGACAGGGACACUGCACUUUAUUGAGAUGAAGAUUAGAUUUCUGAGCGGUGGCGUACAUACCGCGGUCGCAGGGGUCGCAUUUCUGACCGGGCCCGUCACUCCAGGGGGCCUGGCCGCCCUGCGGACCCCCGCAACCAGGUACCAGCUGCCACAUUUUGCGGCUCCGGCCCGUGCGGCAAACCACUGGGGCCGCAUGUUAAGGGGUCCAUCGGGUGGCCCAUGCUUUCAGGGCCACCUGAUGCAUAUGGAUUGUCAGGGGGCCCGGUCAGCGCUGGGCGCUUUAACAACGUGACCGGGCCCCCUGUGAUGACAUCACUGCUGGGAGGAAGUGACUCCCCGGUCUCUCCUCUCAGCUAUCAGCCCGCGCGGGAGGAAGCAGGAAGGAAGAGGGAGUCAGAGUGGGAACUCUGACUCCCAUUAGGCUGAGCCCCCACUGGACCCCAGGGAAAGUAACAAAAGGUAGGAAACAUUUUGUGUGUGUGUGUCUCUAUAUGUGUGUGUCUGUGUGUGUUUCCGUAUGUGUAUGUCUGUGUCUAUGUGUGUGUGUCUAUGUGUGUGUGUGUGUAUGUGUGUGUCUGUUUUGUGUCUGUCUCUGUAUGUGUGUGUCUGUGUCUGUAUGUGUGUGUAUGUGUGUGUGUCUAUGUCUCUGUAUGUGUGUGUGUCUGUGUCUGUAUGUAUGUAUGUGUGUGUCUCUGUGUGUCUGUGUGUGAAUGUGUCUGCAUGUGUGUGUCUCUGCAUGUGUGUAUGUAUGUGUCUGUGUGUCUGUUGGGAGGUGUGUGUUUGUGUCUGUAUGUAUGUGUCAGGGGGGCCACGGUCAGGGGGGAGAGGGUCAGGGUAAAAGGGGGGAGGGGAGGAGGAGCCCACAGAUCAGUUUUGCACCGGGGCCCCAUGGAUUGUGUGUACGCCACUAUUUCUGAGGACAAUAUUUCGUAUGAUGUCCUUUAUUGGGGCAUAAAAAAUGAGUAGAUGUAUCAACAGAGGGGAAUGAAAUAGAUCCAUAUACAGAUCUGAGAUGUCCUUCACCCAGGUCAGUGACCCUUGGGUUACCAAUGCAGGGUGCAUUUAUCGAUUUAUCGAUUUAUCCAUGAGUAUGGUUUGCCAUUUCUCUGAGAUAUUGGAUAAAACAAAUACAAAUUGUGCAGAAACAGAUCUGCAUAGUAGAACACUUAGCACAGGCUCCAUAUCACACAUAGAUGCUUUGUACAUGAAUAGGGGUUUAUUCUAGCAGCUCUAUGUACUUUGUACAGGACUGGAUGGUGUGUUGGAGACGUGUCAUCACCAGUGUACGAGCUAAGUUCCCCUCCUUGUAUAUUCAGAUUAUCAUGUAAGAAACUCGUGUGCUGUUCCAGUGGGAUUUACGGCCAUUACGUAAGACUCAAUGAGAAAAAGAAGCUCUAACAGAUGUUCGCCUGCAUUGCACCAACUUAUAAAUAGGACCCAGAGAAAAGGCAGAGGGGCUUUCUAUAUAUUCAGCGGGGCUGUGAUAAAUGAGACAAGCCAUCACCAUUAUAGACUGCUUUCUGAUUGACUCGGCCAUGGUUUUGUUAAUUGACCCGAUGGCCUUCUACAAACAGGAACCUUUCUCCAAACAAAGGGAGCUGGCUUACUGUCUUGGAGGCUGUGUGCGAAUGGACAAAAGUCUUUUUGAUUUGCAUUUUAACUUUUGUUCCAUUGAUCAGAGGGGGUAGGGGCAGCUUUCCACAUAUAGAGCACACUUUCCGAGCUGAUUUCAGCUAUUAGUGCAGAUGUGGACAGUCUGAGGCCCAGCAGAUGUUCUACAGAUUUCAUUAUCUUUUUAAGGCUUGAGUCUUAAAAAUAGAGAUGAGAUGGACUGCAAUGGAUUAAUACAAAUAAUAGGGACUCUGACAUAUACCCAGUAAAUGCCAAGCAAUGGAGAUGGUUUAGAGCAGCAAUAAUUAGUAAGAUUGGCAAAGGAUCAUGGGAGAUGUAGUCCAAAGCAUCUGAUAUGGUAUUGGUUGCCUUGGCUGGGUUCAUAGUGUCCCACAUGGAAGGGAUUAGCACACAGUAAGUGAAAACUCACUGUUUAUGAGCAGCACUGAAUGAGCUGACCUCACAGCCACUCACUACUACCAAUGCAAUCUGACCAGGGGCCGCGGGGUUACAUGCCAGCCUAUUUGGCAAAGCAGCAAAGAGGCGAGAUUUCGUCACAUUGAUGAAAUGCACACUUUGAGAUCUGGGUCAACAAACUCAGACCAUAAACUGUGUUACAGUGUUUGAUAUAACUUGUUGGCUACAAUCCUUAUAGCUUUGCACUCUGGACUCUUAAACUCUCUCUUACUUUUUCUAAACCAAAACUUUAUUUAGAAGAUUAGGGUGUUAUUGCUCAUUUUGACAUCAAUCAUUUUCGAAGAAAGUGGGGUAAUGGGACGGGAGGGAAAAAAAGUUUAAUAAUGUGAUUAUUGACCUCACACACUUUCAAUAUAGACUAAGAUUAAAUAUGAGAAACUGAGACUGAUUUCAGACUGAUUAAUAUUGUAAAGCGCUACGGAAUCUGUUGGCGCGAUAUAAAUGGCAAUAAUAAUAAUUAUAAUAAUAAUUUCACACUUAUUAUAUUCUGUGUAAUACUGCAUAAGAAAAUAGGAAUGUCGUCAUCUUUAAAUGAGAAAGUAAAGUAUAGAAAACCCUUAAAGGGAAGUUAUGACCUCCACGGGUUUUUGAAGAUUAUUGCGUUAAUUUAAUAUUUUUGGAUUGCUUUUCAAAUGAUCACAACAUAUAAGAAACACUGUACCAUUUACAUCCGGGUUCUUUACUGAAGAAGACUGGACAUUGUAGAUGUAGUGCAGGUGCCAUGCAGGACCCGUCCAUUUUUUGUGAGGUCAUUUGCUAAAUCUUUUAUUCCUUUGCGUUAAAAAAAAAUACAAAUCUGUUCCGCUUGUGUGAAUUGCGGUAUUAGUGGGGGGAAAGGGUUAUUCACGGGACAUGAAUCUUGCUGGAUGUAUUCUGGGCAGAACUAUUCGGAUUGAGAUUAUAUAUAAUUUGUUAUUUAUCUAUUCCUCUGGUAGAGUGGUUGUAAAUAUUGCAAUGUUAGAAGAUUGUGCAAAGGCGACUUGAUGUGUCUUGUUGCCUAAUUAUUUCGUUCUGAUCAGUUCCUUAGAUUUCUGGAUUUCCCAGUAUAAAAAUAUACCAAGCUCAAUAUUGCAAGGAUGAAAAAUCUAAUCUUUAAUUACAGUAAUUAGGUAACGUGAUAUACAGCACAUCCUUUAGAAAUUGCAAGUGAUCCGCAAAGCUUGGCAUCUUUUCAAUGUGCACAUCCAAUCAGGAAAGGGUAUCCCUGUGUGGUAUUAAUACUCAGAUAUAUGAGACAAAGUUAUAUAUUGUAAUGACUACACAUGAUUUCUGAAGAGCUCCUCACAUCACAUAAUGAUCUUUGACCUUUUCUUACACCAGAAAGUAAUUUAGGCAAUCGGGAUCCUACCAUUCUGUUGUGAACUGUUGGAUGUGUUAACCUCAGCACUGCAAGGCUUAAAGAGACACACUAUAGGCACCCAGACCACUUCAUCUCAUUGAAGUGGUCUGGGUGCAGUGUCCCCAUCUCCCUUAGUCCUGCAAUGCAACACAUUGCAGUUUUAGAGAAACUAAUUACUAAUAGUACUAAGUCUGCCUCUAAUGGCUGGAGGCGCUUCCUGGAGACUCAUGGCGCUUCCUUGAUAAAGUUUGACUCUGCAUGAGAAUGUCCAGUGUCAGAGAAAACCACAAAGGAAAUCAUUGAGGCGCUCUCAUCGCUCACAGUGCAUGCACAUUAGGUCCCCCAUCAAAUGACACUUUAGGUUCCCCAUCGGAUUACACAUUAGGUUCCCCAUCAGAUGACACAUUAUGGUGCCCCAUCGGAUGACACAUCGGAUGACACAUGUUCCUCAGCUGCAGGGUUUUAGGUAUACAUCUUUAUAGGGUACUAAUUGCUAACACAUGAGGGAAAGACUUGGUAAGACUAGGAGGGGUACUAAGUAGGGACACAAGAGAAGGUACUAACUGAGGACACUGGGUAGGGUAGUAAAAGGACUUAUUUUAAAUCUUGAGCCUGGAGUUGUUGCUCCAAUAGUUCUAAUGUGUCAUGGGAAGUAUUCCCCAAUAUAGAGCUUUGGAACUUACAGUAACCUUGGACGAGCUAAGGUUAGAGGCAUAUUACCAGUACUUAUAGUGACCAGGCUUAAAAAGUGAAUAAUAAAAGAAUAACCAGAAACAGGCAGAGGUAAAAGGGUUGCAGAGAGCAGAGAGAAUGAUAAAUAAAGCCGGGUCAAGGAGGCCAGGAAUCAGGGGAAAUCAUUCUAUAGCUGCAUCAAAACCAGAUACAACCUGCACACAAAGAACAAGCUAUUGGAACCAAAAAGGAACCAUAACAGGACGAUGGGAGACAUAUAUAUUGUCAAUUGUGAUGUGCACAAUACAUUGUUGCCCGAAUGAAGCAGAGCACUCUGCACUGUAAUCCUGGAGCAGGUUACAGAGUGUGUAAAUGGACGCAGGUCCACAGCAUCCAGUGUCAGAAAUUAUACCACCAUAACGUGCACCUAGAAUGGAGCAGCGGUUGAUGUCUGAAAACUGACGCAUACUUGGAGAUGUUCUACAGCCAGAGGUACCCUGACACAAUGUUUAUCUCUAUGAUCUGCUGGGGGCCUAGUAACUGUGCCGUGUGCUUGUGUCAUGGCGGGGACAAUCCAGAUUACUCUUAUUUGGAAAGACUCUGAUGACUUAUGUUUGACUUUUUAUCUGUUUAAGGUAUAGAUCCCUUUUUCACUGGAUCAAUAAUAGGAGAACAUAAAUUCUGUUUCAAAGUAUCAGAAAAAUGGGAUUGUAAUAGUUUAAAAAUCAUUAAUGGCUCAUCGGCAGCUGCUGACAUGAUGAUAAUUCUCUACGGAAGUUGGUAAUUUACCUCUAGGGGACUGAAAAUUACAAAAACUUUUCCUUACAAUGAAUAGUUCAGCUUUUAAAACAUAUCUGUUUUUUAUGCUUUUUUUUGUUUGUAUUUUUUUAAGUAAUAAACAAAAACGAGAAAAGAGAAGAGUGACCUAAUAACUAAAAUAUAACUUUUAAUAGAAAAUAUUAAAAUAGUAAAUUUGUAAGGAUAAUUAUCCAAAAAAGUAAAUAUCAAAAUUAUUAAAUAUAAUUGGAGUUAAUAUAUAAAUGGUUUGAUCCAAAACUUAUCAAGACAUAAUAAUGAUGGUGGUGAAUAAUCCUAUGGCAAAAUGUACAAUAUUCCUAUCUAACGGAAACUGCCCCAAAAUACAUGUAAGGCAGAUAUCCAGAGAAAGGAUAUGUGCAAAACCAAAAUAUAAUAACUAAAGGAACAGAUAAUUAAUUAGUUUAUUUAUCUGUUCCUUUAGUUAUUAUAUUUUGGUUUUGCACAUAUCCUUUCUCCGGAUAUCUGCCUUACAUAUAUUUUGGGGCAGUUUCCGUUAGAUAGGAAUAUUGUACAUUUUGCCAUAGGAUUAUUCACCACCAUCAUUAUUAUGUCUUGAUAAGUUUUGGAUCAAACCAUUUAUAUAUUAACUCCAAUUAUAUUUAAUAAUUUUGAUAUUUACUUUUUUGCAUAAUUAUCCUUACAAAUUUACUAUUUUAAUAUUUUCUAUUAAAAGUUAUAUUUUAGUAGUUAGGUCACUCUUCUCUUUUCUCUUUUUUGUUUAUUGCUUUGGCAUAUGGGUUAACCCCUUCACGAGUGUUCCUUAAAGCUUCCUCCUGUUCAGCUGUUUUUUGUAUUUUUUUAAGUAAUACAUGCUUACUACCUUUGCUCAUCUGAUAUAUAUUUUGUUAUUCUUAAUGUGGUCUCUUUUCAAUUUAUUGGGUUAUAAAUGUAGGGAGCAUUUUACCUUCUGGGCUGGUUUUUGUUGUAUCACUCAGAAUUGGAAUUGUUGGCCUCUAGCGCGAGAGAUUGAUAACUGUACAGGGGAAGCUGUGCUCGUACUUGCUUGCUGAUACCACGACUUUAAAUUUAGGUGCAAUUCACAUCCCCACUUCCUCUGACAGACUCACACAUAGCUAUCAAUUGGAUAGCCUGUACGUUGUGGACACAACCAACUUCAUUCAUGACGGAACAUCAAUUACGUUAUCAUCACAUAAGAUAAUAUCUCCUUAUCACCCUCACUGGUCACUUUUUAAAAGGAAAAUAUCACUUGGCAAAUAUGUCAAUGUCAUAGUUAUUCACCUUAAAAUAAGAAUUGUAGCUGUAGUGUACCUUGCCUAUUCUACAAGCAGCACUUGGCAAUGUCUAACUGUUUGGAUCAGUGGCAGCAGCCUGGUACACACUGAGUACAGGAGGGCGACUGACUGUCACUCAUAGGAAUUCUUAAUGUUGUAUUCAAGGGUAGCUCUUGGGGGCCAGAGGGGGAAGUAAGCUAAAUAACACUUUUAUUAAAGGUUCUGACCUGCAUGAGCAAGUUGGUUCUUGUCCAGUGUAUGGGUCACAGUAAUACAUUACUCCUACCUUAUGCUAUCUGGACUCUGACCAAGGCCUACUACCUGGCUUUCAUUUCCGACUAAAAGAAAUAGUAAUAAUCCCAAGGCACACUAGGAUUUUUCACAUAAAAAAGCGUUUAUUCAUGCAUAAAAAGUACAUCAACAUAUCAUGAUAAAAAGAAAGUGCAUAGUUUAGUGCAGAGGUAGGCAGCCUUCGGCACUCCAGAUGUUGUGGACUACAUCCCCCAUAAUGCUCUUACACCCAUAAUGCAGGCAAAGCAUCAUGGGAGGUGUAGGCCAAAACAUCUGGAGUGCCGAAGGUUGACUAUGCCUGGUUUAGUUCAUAACCUCCUUAUAGUACCAAAACCACAGUAAUAGUAAAGUGCUAAAGACAACCACCCAAUAAAAAGGUAUACUGACCAAGAGCAGGAGAAAUGAAUAACCCCAACGUUUUGGCUAUGGAGCCUUCCUCUGGGGGACCUCUCACUGACUGAUCCAUAUUCCCACUUAUAUAUCCCAUAAAUGAAGACUAAUUAACCUAAAAGUGAUCAGCUGCAUCAAGGGAAGUGCUUCUCAAUCAUAUCAUUUAAUGAACCAACCCCAAACCAUUCCUGAACAUGGGAUAUUAGAGGUGUAUAUAAGCGGUAUAAAAGAGUUAGCGAUGGCGCUGGUCAAACAAACUUCCGAUCUAUAGUAUAUUAAAGUAUCACUAUUUAGACGCUGCACCUACCCCUUGUUUUAUCCAGAUUUUAACCGGAAAAGAGAGACUCCGUAUUUGGUGAUUGAGCUGCCAUUGGACUGUUAUCAUUUUAUAAGCGCUAAAUUAUAUCCUUUGGUUUUUGUACAUUAAAGUAUCAGUUUACGGCAUUCUGUUAGACGGGAUAAUAUAAAAGUAUCAGUUUUAGACAUUCUGUUAGGAGGGAUAAUAGUAUAUCUUGUCACUGAAUAGCAUAAUUCUACUGCGAAACUGUUCUAUUACAGGAGACAAGCUUAUGUGUUUAACAUGACCUAUUCCUAUGAAUAGAUUUCCCUCUUCUAGAAAACCAUUGCUGCCCUAUUGGAUGGAUCUUAUAUAAGCAUCCACAGCUAUGGCGAGGUCAACCACCCUAAGCAAAGGUUGGCCAUCUCUGAGACAGAUUGUCCCAGCUGCCUGGAUAUAAUGGUUAGGCAUGAACACUCUGCUCCUGGUCAUCUCUAGGACGUCCCAUUACGGACGGGAAUGGGUUGAACAGAGAUGGGGUGAUGAUUUAAAGGCAUCUCCUGUCUGUGUCCUCUCCGUGAACAAGUAUGUGAAAAAUGUAGCUUGCGCUGCAUCAGCGUUGACCUCAGAGGCAUAUCUUUCCCAUAAUCCCUCUGGAAUAUGCGACUGAAUGUCAGUGACACAAUACGGAAUACCUCAUGUGUAUCGCGUUUCUGUGUCUAGUUAUAAAAGGCACUGUCUUUCUCUACAAUCAGCAAAUAGACACGACUCGUUGUGUCAGCAGUGUUUAAGAAUACACGGCUCUCUAAAUAGGUGUGAGCGUGUAUAAAUUACAGGUGUGUUUACUAAACCGGAAAUCGUCAGGAACUCAAAACGAAUUCCAAAUUUUAGAUGGAAUUAGCACACAUGGAGAAAUUCUCCAAUCUAGCCCUGUUUUCAUUUUGAAUAGUCUGGCCUAAAAUUUAAUAUUUACUUUGAAUUCAUGACAAAUCACACUUUAGAGAAAAAAUCUGUAAGUGUUUAUCUAAUAAAGCGACAUUAUUAUUUUUACGCAGUCCUGCCUCAAUAACCGAAAUUAGAGCGAUGUACAGUAGAGUAAGACUAUGAGUAUGUACACUAUGAGAACUUAGAGUUGUUGGUGUGUUUUCUGAUCUUUGACCCGAAACCACUUUACAAACUGAUCCCAAUCCAUAAUUCGGGAGCCAUUUUACCACCAGAAUACAUUAACGGCUUAAAAUACCUAACUUGGGAUAUACUAGUUAAUCUCUUGAAAGGCCAGGUGGCAGGUGUGUCAUUAACCUAUUAUGUGCCAAAUGGACGUUGAUGUGUAAUGCAUAUUUGUCCUAUUGCACAAACACUAACUCACAUAGAAAUGUUUGGGGGUUAUGGUUAAUUGUUGGAGAGAUGUUUCCAGUGAUGACAUGUUUGAUAAUAACGUUAAAUUUUUUGAGAACUCCUCUUAGACAGCAUUGUGAUUGAAUAAACUUAAUUGUUUUAUGUAAGGCACCAGGAAAUGUUUCACAAAAUUCUGAAUUGUGGAAGUGUUAUUGAAACGUUUUAGAAUGGCGAGAUUGCGAUUACUGUGAUUAACAUCAGCCAUUAGUGUGCCAAUAAUUAUCAAACAAGAUAUUAUAAUGUGCCCCAUGGAUCGUUAGGAAGUAUCUACGGUAUGCUCCAUUUAUGCCUAGUCUGUGGUUACAAAGGUUAAAUGGAAACCCAUUUCAAGUAUAUUUUGCAUCAAUAAUUAUUUAUUGAUGAUAAAGUUAAAGUCUAUCCUAAUUUUUAUUUUCAUCUCAGCUGAAGUCAGCUGUAAAAGUCAAAAUAGGAUAAGUGAUUAUGCAAAGUUGUAGUAUCACAGUUUUGGCAAAGCAUCAUGGCAAUUUUAAUUCACCGGCAGGAGUCGUUCAUAGCUAGAAUACCCAGUAGGAAAUGUAUCAGUUUUGUGCGAAUGCAGACUGGGUUCACAACUGUCCUGGUUGUGCCUGAGCAAAACUGCCCUGUAUGUCUUCACACAGAAUAAAGUGCAUUUUAUCAGGAGAUAAUUUUAAUAUUUGGAAAAAAAUAUUUGAAAUCUAUCGAAAAAUAUUAACUCAUUUGAAUAGCUUAUCAAAAAAUAUUAAAUCGAGGCCCAUAUCACGAAUCAGGACUGCUUGCUUGGGUUCUGCACAGUUGGGUGAUAUGCCUCCAGGACUAUCUCAUUGGAUUUGGGACACCUGGGUGGUAUGCUUAUACACCAAAGUGGUAAAAGGUUAGAUUCCUACAGCCAUAUAAAAUCAUUCCUCUUCUCUUAUGCUAUUAUAUUUCAUAAAAUGGGAUACAUACACACAGUGAAAUGCCUCUUAUUUGCACAUUUUAAAGUAGUUUCCUUUUUAGCAAUCACUUGUAAAUCACCUGUUAACCCUUCAUAAGACAGUUGCCUGCUAUGUUGGGAUAAGUCUCCUGUUCAGUGGUGCCACACAGAUCUAUGCUUGUGUUCCCAAGUCUCUGGUUCGAGUGCUACUCUCAAAGCUAUUUUUUGUCCCUGUGUCAGACACCUGUUGGGAGUUGUCACUUAGUUCCGGGACAGUGACUUUCGGCUGGCAAAAAGUUACCACAUUCCUAAACAGAAUUCUACUAGGUAUACUUCAAGUGCACACAUCAUUCCCAAUGUGAAUGAAAAGGUGCUCUUCGGGUAAGUCGUAAAAUUUGAUCUGCACAUCGUGUAACACAUUUGCAAAUUUAUAGAUCAAAUGAAAGUCUUACCUGAUAUUUUUGCUUGACAUUUGCAACAUGCAUUUCCCCCCCUUAUUUAGAAGGGAGAGUCCAUAUCCUUCUGUCCCUCUUCUGUAUCCUAAUGUCCCUCUUUUCUAGGAGCUCCAUAUUAUUGGUGUGUCUGAGUAUAUAACAUAGCUUAAAAUCAAUAAUACUCCCAGUGAUGUGUCUUUAAACUACAAUAAAUGUGUUUAGAAACCAGUCUGUGUAAAUAACAUAAUCUGUUUUACGAUAACCAGUCUGUUUAAAUUAUGGUCUUUUGAUGAAUAAUGAAGAAAAAUGUGCAUAUAAAAUAUCACUUUAUCACUGGGCUAAGUCAAUAUGCUAAGUAUUUUUACUUGAAUAUAUUUAUACAGUUAUUAGAUGUAUUAACAAUUUUGUGCUAAUUAAUAACUCACUGCUAAUGCUUCAAGCAAACAGUAUUCAUUCUUUUUUAAUCCUUCAGGGUUUUAUUUAUUUUUUGGAACUAAAUUACAUUAUGCGCCACCAAAAUGAACACAAUGGUUUAACGGAAGUCAAACAUUUUCAGGUGGUAAAAUCCAAUAAUGAAAUGGAAGUUUGAAACUAAUGCAACAAUUCAAAUGUAUCAUGCUCCUGCUGUCCCUGCUAAUAUUCUUAUAAUCCCCAGACAUGACCAGCAUGUCACACAUUGAACAUAGGACACACAGACGACAACUUAGCAAAUUUCAAAUGUAUUUUUACCUUUUUUAAAGGGCAGAUGCUUUAACAUCCCCAGUAGAGUUUCCAGUACUGUCAGAAGACUACAGUACAUUACACACCGUUCUAUUCUAUCGGGGGAACACGUCAGGAGUUUAAAAAUAAAUAAAUAUGUAACAUCCGAUUAUCUUAACCCCUUAAGGACCAAACUUCUGGAAUAAAAGGGAAUCAUGACAUGUCACACAUGUCAUGUGUCCUUAAGGGGUUAAACAAAAACUGUGUACUUAUAAAAUACAACAGUGAAUAACAAGCCAUCAGAAAGUGCUGCCAUGUAAUCGGAAUUACCUCUUGCAAUUCAAGUGCAAGCAAAACAAAACAAAAAAAAGAGUGUCUCUAGUGAAAAUCUCAUGCAAAAUACAAAUAAAUCUGUAGGUGUUUUGUUACCUUAAGCUUCAGCAUGUUCUCAUAUAAACAAAAGAGAGAGGAGAGAGAAAUAUGCGUAUAUAGUGUAGUAUUUUAAUAAGAAAAGAUAAAAUUUACAUUUAAUUAACAGACACUCACAAAAUAAUAGCACAACAAAAGUGUACUAAUAGAGCUUUGCCCUAAGGGCCACUUACCUCCAAUUAGUCCUUUAAUCUUCUCCUUAGCUGGUCCACAAGUCCUCCACACAAAAGGACUUGUGGAUGCGUUUUGUCUUGUCGUCUUCUUCAAGAGCUUCUUUCUUCUUAUGUGCGUUUCAUCUUUUGUAGGUAAAAUAUUACGCUAUAUUUGCAUAGAUUUAUUUCUUUAUUUUUUUUAUAUGAGAAUACACUGUACCUUAAGGUAACAAAACAUCUACAUUAAAGCAGCACUGUCACCGUUUGGGGACUUUGCUGAAUUUGCAAACUUUCCCGAAGGUGACAUUGCUGCUGGUGAUCCAGAGACCGGAGGGAGAGGAGGGGAAAGGAGGGUGGUGGCAGGUAAAGGUGUGUUUAGUUACCUGAACCUAUCCAUCACAGGCGCCCAAUCUUGAUCCAGUGGGGUCCUCUUCGGCACUGACGUCAUUGCUGUAAUCUCACUUAGGUGCGAGAGUACAGCACUGAGGUCUAUGGGGGAUCCCGCAAGACCUUCCAUAGACAAAGCCAAUUGCCUGCAGCCGUAAUCUGUUUGACUCUUGUGUUAGGUGGCAUUUGAAAUAAAUUGGGGAAGUAUGUAAUGGCUUGUUGGUGUCUCUGGCUUUAAAUUUGAUAAAGAAAUGAUAGUUAUAAUAGAUGUUUGGAAACAAUAUAUUUUUGCUGGUAGGGCCUAUCAACCUCCAUGUACGUGAUGGGUUACAAUAGUCAGUAUGACCCUUUUCAGGAAAAAUACCUUGAAAGGCAAAGGCAGUAAUAUAUCAUUUUUUUAAUUUUUUUUAUAAAGCGACAAAAUAUUCUGCAGAGCUGUACAUUGGUGGACUAGUAAACAAAUAAUAUCAUUUGAAGCUACACAUUUGCUAACACAUUCACUUACACAGCCCUAAUCCACACUUAGGUUGCUUUGGGAGUUUGGGAGCAGUAUAAAAUGGAGCAACACUUUCUAGGAAUUAAAUUUAAUCCAUAUUCUAUCAUUAUUGAAGAUCCAUUUUAGAUUAGUAUGUCGAGGUCAAAGGAGGAUUCCCAUGGGGAUCCCCUGGCAAGAGGUAACUCCUGGAAUAAUAAUUCUAAAACGUUUGGUGGAUUCCCAAGCAAACGCAAAUUAAUGUAAAAUUAAAACGCGGGGAGGCAUGUAAUGGCUAGUCUUAGCCUAGUCUUAAAAUGAAUAGAAUAAUAAUAGAUCUUCCACUCUAAUUGUUUUAUUUAUGCUCUAAAACAGAACUGUCACAUAUGAGAUUUUUGCCCAAUCAAGUACUUAACUAACAGCUAUUGGUUGUGCUAUUUAAAGAGCACGCCAAGCCCCAUAACUACUAAAGCGAGCUGUAGUCAUUAUGGUACCAGCACUGCCUUGGUACUUCCUCAUUGUAAGGAUUCAAACUGUUUUCAAACGUUUUGCAUUCUUACCUGGUGUCUACCUGGCACUGAUCCUGUAUCCACUAAUGCUCAGUGAGAGCCAGAAGAUUUCUUCACUGAGCUAAGUCUAUUUUUCUUUUUUUUUUUUAAAUCACACGAGUUCAAUAGUUUUUUUUAUUUACGAGCCCUGCAGAGUAUGGCAUGUAUAUUAACUUAGCCCAUGCAGUGCUGUACGCUUUGUACAUGUGCCCAUGUGGCCCUGCUGAUGGAAUGCUUGAGUGCGCAUGCAGAGUGACAAAGUUGCGAAUAAUGCAGAAGUGCGGCAGAGGUAAGUGCAUUUUGUACUUACCUCCAACGAUUUUUUUUUUCACCCCAGUAAAUGCUAAAAUAGUUUUUACUGGGGUGAAGGAACAAAGCACUGUGACUUCCAAUAAACUCAAAGUUCCAAAAAUGAAUUUGGUGAAUAAAAUUGUGCUGCUGUGAUAAAUAGUAAAUGAAAAAAAGCACACAGAAAGUAUUAAAAGUACACAUGACUGAGAAUUUUUAACGCAAUAUUAGCCAGUGCUAAGAGAGUUUAUUUGCGUAGUUAUGAAAUAUAUCAACAACUCACGUUAUGAUUGAUCAGUUACUGCUGGUACAGUGGUACUAAAUGCAAAAAUUUAGUAAUUAUAAUAUUUAUUUUUAUUGUUGUUUAGUAUAUGGCUCCCUUAAAGUUUUUUAGUGCUAAAUGUCAAAGAUAUGCGGAUGCUAUAAUUGUGUGACAUACGUACAUAAGGAGCAAUCAAAACAGAUUGAAAUUUUUAAGGUGUUAAUUACUUGCAGGUAUAUAUCAAUACUAUAACUUUUACCUAAGUUACCCUAAGUAGUUAUUUGUAAAUUAAGGUUUGUUAGGUGUCCACACAUGCGGAAUAAAAUACGCAUGCAUGUAUAUUUGGGUCACACGCUCUAAUUAUUACAAACUUCCCUUAUGUCGCUAUUAAACAGAAGCUUGGACUAACAGAUCAUGCAGAUAUUAAUGUUUUGGCUCUACUCUACUGAGCUCAGUGCUUGGAUGACACUGACUGAUCAUCUUCUAACCAUUUAGAAUUUCAAGUAACUUCCCCGGAUGGCCCUGAAGAUCCAGGAAGCUUUGCCGAUGGCCAGCCAACUGCUGUGGAUUCUGGCUUGGAUGAAAAGUCACUGAAUGUUGAGCAGAUUCCGAAUCUGCUGGUGUCCUACACAGAGGGCCUGGAGGCUGAGACACAAGACCUGAAGCCGCAAAACUGCAAUUCUGAGGUUAGGGACGAGGUAAAAAUUGAGACUGAGACCUUGAAGAAUGAUGGGCAAGACGAAUGCAACAAAUCUUGGGUUUUACCUCCUAGUGAACAUACAACAAACAUUAUUGAUGAAGUAGAUGAUUCAAGUGAAGAGGAUGACAGUACACAGGAGGGAGACUCAAUCAUUGUUGAAUCUCUGGAGGUUGAGGAGCCUGACAUUAUAGAAGAUGAAGACAUAAAAGCCACCGAAGAGUCAACUCAGAGUGAAAAAGAUGUAGAAAGCAUACCUUUAACUGAGGAGACACUAACUGAAAAGGCUGAGUAUGACAAAGAUGAUGAUGAUUUGGUUUUUGGGCAAAAGGAGAGUGAUUCUGGCAUUGAAGAAGCUGGAAGUUUCCUAGAAUCCAAACAAAGUCUGGCAACCGGAGAUGAAUCAGAACAAAUUGCAUCGGAAGAAGAAACAUCAAAUGAAGUUGGGGAUAAAUUUGAUCAUGAAACAGAUGACAAAGACUCGGGAGAAGACAGUGAUGCCCACACUUCUGAAAGAAGCACUGAAAAUAUUUUUAAAACAGAUACAGACAACUUAAAGUCUAGCAAUGAUGAGUCAGCAAAUGAGCAUGAGACUGGAGAUGUUGUAGAAGAGAUAUCUGAGCAAGAACCAAAAAAUGAAGAGUUGCAGGAGCUUCAUGAACCCUCUGGAGACUCAAAUGAACUGGAAACAUCUGAGACAGAGAAUGUCAACCAAGAGGAUUUGAAGGAGUCCACUAAUUCUGAAGAAGAGCUUUCAACAAUAGUAGUGCCACUGAAUGAAAACAUUGAUGAGCAGCCAUAUGAAGAAGACACAGAAGCAGGCAAUAAAAAGGAAGCAGAAGAAGACCCGAAAGAAGAAACCAUUGGGGAUGUAGAAAGGGAAGACAUUCCAGAAGAAGACGAAGAGAAACCUGAAGAGCAGCCAGCCAGUGAGGACAUCGUUGCAGAAGAAGAAUCAGAGCAAAUUGCUGAAAGUAAAUCAAGUGCAGAUGACUCAGUGGAGGAUCAAACUUUGGAAACUCUGCCAGUAGAUCAAGUGAUAACAGUCCAGGAUUCCAUAGAACAGGAAAGUGACAAUGAAGGGAAGAGAUCUGAUGAAGAUGAGGCUACAACCACUGAUCAAAGGAUUACCAAUAAACAAACAAAAGAGCUAAAAGGUAUAGACUGAGUCAUAUCUUCACUCAAAACUAGCAAUGUGGAAGAAAAAAUGAGUCUUAAGAAGUAAACAUGCCCAUUGAAAUAUUGAAGCCAUUUCUAGAGGCUUUUUUUUUUUUUUUUUUACCAGAACAUGAAUGUUUUAUAGGUUUUGACAGUCAACAUGGAGAUGUUUAGAAGCAAAUUUAAAAGUGGAAUCUUCUCUCUUUAUCAAGCUUCUGCAGUGUAUAUAUUUUGGGAAGUGCAAGGUUAUCUCAAGGGUCAUCGGGCAAGGGUCAUCAGGAACUCUAAUAGAGCUUAAAGGACAGUAUGGUCUAUCUUAUUAUAUAUCAUUAAUUUAUUAUUAAUCAAGUUACUUUGUGCUGCAGAAAACCAGACCAGCGCAUCCGUAGUUAUAGGUAGAAGUGUAAUCGUCGCACAGAUCAACAUUAUUACAAGGUGUUCCACAUUACAGAUAGGUUGAGAACAGAACCUUUUGUUCAUACAUGAGGCAUCUGGGUCUUCGAAACAGGCUUGGGCGACUGAAUUAUAUAGUUUGGGGAAAAAGUAACAUAUUGACUUUUGCUCCAACACUUAAAAACUGUAUAUUUACUUCUUAAAGUGGAUAUAUGAAAAAUGUUGCAUACUUUAGCCCUAUUUAUAACACAAGGAUUUCUAGAUUAUUUAAAAGAACACUAUAGAUCGAGGAAUACAGCAAUCGGUCGGCACUGGCCCCACCUCCAAACCGCUUCUUAUCUGAAAUCAUCAGAAUUGAUGAGCUCACCCAAUCCAAUGCUUUCCAACGCUGCUCUGGCCAAUCAGCAUUUCCUCAUAAAGAUGCAUUGACUCAAUGCAUCUCUAUGGGGAAAGUUCACUUCAGCGUCAGUUCUGAGUGACUGCCAGCAGAGAUGUGCCUAGGCAGUAAUAGAAAAACUACCUUUUCACGAAAAAGACAGUGUUUACAUGAAAAUGCCUGCAGGGACUGACUAUACUCACCAGAACAACAACAUUAAGUUGCAGUUGUUCUGGUGACUAUAAUGUCCCUUUAACCUUUCUGAGAAUUGUUUAAGCCGGAGAACUUUGAAUUGCAUGCAGUAGUCAAUGAUAAUUUAAAUGCUUUUAUGCUUUCAAACGUAACCAUGGUACAUCGAUCUUCAAUUAUAAAAGACCCAGCUUUUCAUUUGUCAUAUUGUACAUGCUGAAAUUACUAUUACAUAACUCCUUCAAUAGAUCAUUCUGAGAUUCAUAGGGCUCUCAAUUGUACCAGCGAUAGUGGUGCUUUGCCGGUGAACUAUUCAUUGUGAGCAGUAAUUUGUGAUCGGACAUCUGAUUGGUCGAGUUAUUGAGGACACUAGGGACAUAGUUUGGGGUUUACUUUAGGCUAUGUCAAAGACCACAGCUAUUAUCUCUCAUUACCAAUGUUUUGUUAUCUCUACCUUAGCUUGCAUACAAAAGUAUAGACAACUAGUUAUUCUAAACAAGUACAUUCCGGGCCAAGUUCUAAAGGUGGAGCGAUGGUCAGGACUAUUUCAAUGGUUUCCAUAGUGAUUGUUUCACUUUUAGAACAUUGACUCAGAAUUUCAGUUUAGCUCUGUAGUGUGAUGGAAUUUGUAUAUUGAAAUGCUUUUUUACUGCAGAUUAAAGUCUAACACCAUUUUCACUUUCUUUCUAAUAGAGGACACAGAGGAAUCUGAAGACUUUGUAAGGAGGGAACGAGGCCACAUAGACAGCACAUUGAAACUUACAGAGGAGAAGCCAAUAGAUGACUACCCAGGUACCCUUUAAAAUCGCCCAUGCUCAAUUUUUUAUUAAAACAUUUCAUCUACAAGAUUAGAGCUUGCCACCAGCUUUGCCUAAAAAACACUCUACAGAAACUGUGAUUCUCCUCUAUUCAUUGUAUGCGUUUUUCAUGUUUGUUUGUUCAAAUUUUUAUUAGAUUUUGUGGGAAAUUACAGAAAAUUUGAGGUGAAAUGGGGCUUAAAAAGAGCAUCACAGAUGUAUUUGAACAAAAACAGCCAAGGUUUCAAGGAAAGAGGAAACAUUAGACCUAUGUAUUUCUGGAAGCACAUGUGUAGAUUAAAUAUUACUACCUGGAUAAGACUGGGGUGUUCUAAUACAGCAAGAUUUGAGAGCUUGAAAAAUGAUUUUACUUAUUUAGCUUGUGAGCCAUUAUUCAGAUAACUAGUAAAUGAUACAUACAAGUACACAUGACAAAUCAAUGUAGGCAGAUAGGAACAAAGAUUGACAAUGAUCCUACUCAAGUGAGCAUACACUCCAAUCAAGGCACUGUACCAGGGCAAUUCAGGAAGAGGUGGUGAAAUAAGGCCAAUUAAUUCAGCAUGACAAAUUGGGGUGAAAACUAUGAAGAGCAUGGUGUGAUCCAAUAUUGGUAAUUUCAUUUAAUCUCAUGUAACAGUUAGUGUUGUGAUAUUCAGAGAGCAAAGCAAUGUUGUGUAAAGGUUAAAGGAAAACUAUAAUCACCCAGACAAUUUAGUCUCAAAGAACUUUUGUAGAAUCCACUGAUGGCACUUACCCCACCAACUCCCUAGAAACUCUGUCAUGUAUUAAAAUGCUGCUGUUAGCAGCAUUCGAUUGGAGGAACACUGCAUUUGGCCAUACAUGCACAUCUUCAAUCUAUUAAUUCACUAUGAGAAGCAAUGGAUUGGAGGAGAUUGUGAGUGAUGUCAGCUUGGAUGCUGACAUCACCGGAGGUGGAGCUGGAGGUUGCAGUGGAGGAGUCCCGGCACAGCAAAAAAGGUGAGUAAUCAUUAUUUAAUUUAAUUUUACACAGCAAAGGGGGGCAGACAGAAGGGAACCUAUAGUCCCAAAAUUAAAGGACCACUCUAGGCACCCAGACCACUUCAGCUUAAUGAAGUGGUCUGGGUGCCAGGUCCUUCUAGGGUUAACCCAUUUUUUCAUAAUUAUAGCAGUUUCAGAGAAACUGCUAUAAUUAUGAAUGGGUUAAGCCUUCCCCCUAAUCCUCUAGUGGCUGUCUCAUUGAAAGCCACUAGAGGCGCUUGCGUGCUUCUCACUGUGAUUUUCACAGUGAGAGCACGCCAGCGUCCAUAGGAAAGCAUUGUAAAUGCUUUCCUAUGAGACCGGCUGAAUGCGCGCGCAGCUCUUGCCGCGCGUGCGCAUUCAGCCGGCGGGGCGGAUCGGAGGCGGAGAGCUCUCCGCCCAGCGCUGGAAAAAGGUAAGUUUUUACCCCUUUCCCCCUUCCAGAGCCGGGCGGGAGGGGGUCCCUGAGGGUGGGGGAACGAGUAUGUUUUCCUGGCACUAUAGUGGUCCUUUAAGAUUUUUAUUUUUGGCACUAUUAGUUUCCUUUAAAGAUAUGGUUUAACUUUCCGUGCACGUAUUUUAGAAGUAGAUGCAAUCAGUUCAGCUGACCUCUAGAAAAUAUCAUUUGCAGACCGCAUGUCAUAAUAUUUAUUCUCUACAAACAUUCCAACAGUAUGUGAUGGGUCUCCGCACAGCUGCACAGUUAGUCCACAUGUUCCUUGAAGUUGUGGAGGAAAUAACAUGAACGAAUGUUACUGCUCAGUAAAACAAGACGACUCCCGCUCUUUGCAAAGUCAAAUUUUUUGGGAUUGCUGUCUUUGACCAACAGUGCCCAUGCAGUAUUUCUGGGCGUGCUGGUCUGGAUCUUUUUCAGAGACCUUGAAAUGGAUGGCUGAUUAUUACUGGAAAUCUAGUUUCCAAAAAUUGGGGUUGGAAAGUUUAACCAUCACUCUACUAUAUCUAGAUUGUCCAUCACAUAUAACAGUUGAAAUAAUUCAUGAUAGAACAUCUCAGCUUGCUCAAGUUAGAAUCAGUUGUGUUAAAAGAAUCUUAUGUCUUUACUGGUAGUAUUUUUCGGGGGGAAAAAAAAACAUAAAGAGGGUAUAACCAGUAUUCAUACUGGGAUACUUUAUUUAUUACAUACAUAACUUAGUCAAUGCAGGAGCCGGAUCAUAGUAAGAAAGAGACAGAUGCAGCCAAUAGCAAUGCAUGGAACCAAUAAGGGCCAAUCAGAAAGAGGUCAGGUAAUGAAAUAAGGUCAAUGAGUCACAAGGAGCUUUUUCAGAAAGGGCUUUGGCUGGCAUUAACUAGUACUAGGACAAUCCAUGUGAAGGUAAUUGAAUGCCUGGUGGCAGCUAAUCCCAGGCUCAUCUCUUUCAGAAUAGUCUCUGUUUUUUGUUAAAAGCAUAAACACUAGGACUGCAUUGAUUCUGCAAUCAUCUGAGAUUUUCUUUGCUUUAAUUCUUACUGUUCCAUCUUUUUCUCGCUCUCUCCCUUGUAGCGGCAUUGCAGCGGCUGAGGAAGAUUUACCACUCGGCCAUCAAACCCAUGGAGCUGUCUUAUAAGUACAAUGAGCUGAGACAGCACGAAAUUACAGGUACAUGCCUUAUAUAAUGAUAAAAGGAGUAUACAAGGGCCUAGUGGUGUCAUUAGUACAGUGCGAAUGAGUGGCAGACACAAAAGGUGAAACACAAUUAAAAUGAAAUCUUGAAUGUAUGGAAUUAAAGGUGCUGCUCAUUCAAGGCCACUAUUGACCCGGUAGCAUUAAACACAUGGUUUAGGAAUGACUUAGAGCUCAUUAAUAUUUGAGAUAAGCAAGCUCAACUUAGCCUGCACCCGUCAAUGUUCUUCAGCUUUGUCCUGAUGGAACAGAUGCAGCCAAUGACAAUUCUCCAUUUGCCCCCUCCCAACAUUCUUAGAUAACUAAAGUAUUAGUGCUAUUAAAUGUGAAAUAGAUAAUGCACACCCAGAAGCUAGGUUUGAGCAGAACAGUGCAAAAUUGCAGCCAUUAGACCUUGGUUCAGUUUAAAUUAAGUCUUCCAAUCAAAAAUUAGCAAUUUCUGCAAAAAACAAACAAGUCUCCAAAUCACAUGUAUUUAGAACCAGGCAAAAUAUUUUUUGCUCUUAGCGCCCUACCUCAACCAAUUAACCAACGUCCCACCUUACAGCUAGCUACCCUCCCGCUCUUUAUCUAAGAUGCCCCUCAUUUGUGUAAUCUAACCCUAGAAUGCCUUUCUGUGCUUUUGUGACUUAUGUAUGUCUAUUCAUAUUAAUAAAUACUAUAUUUAGUUUGAAAACGGAGGAACAUCUGGCUACCAAUCUUCCUUUUAACAUUUGCAAGCAUGGCCAGUCCACUUUACCCUAUCCAUCAUUUCUGAUCCACCAUGUCUAGCUUUGGUAUUAGCUAGCUAAUAAUGGUAUGCUUUGGUUAUCCAUUGUACUGCCCUGCAGUAUUUGUUCCCAAUUUAUACAUGAUCUUAUAAUAUGAGGCCAUGGUCAGAAGAAGCAUUAUCAUAGGUUGAACCUUUUUAAAUAUAUAGAAAGGUGAUAGACCAACAGAUUGCUUGAUUUAUAAACAGCAUUGACUCAGUGGGGUUCAAGAAUGGCAGCUGAGUUUAAAGGAUAGACACAGGGGCUUUGAAAAACAACAUAAGAGAGCUUUCGUAUUUAACAAUAAGAGAAGAGUCUUCCACCAAGAGUCAACAGGUGAAGGAGUUCAGAAACUGUUUCAAUUGAUACAUGGAGGGUGGAAGGUUGAUAAGAAUGCCAGUUUGAGGGAGGUUACAGAACUUAAUUUUGGAUAUAAUGAUGAUAAUGGGAUGGUUCAACAAUAGAGUUAAAUGUAAUGAAUGAAUGGAUGACUCCUAGGAGGUGGGAUCGAUACGAUGGCUGGGUUAUUCACUAACCUGUGGAUUGUCGUGAAAUUACCGGUAUAUGGCAAAUUUUAGCCGGAAACAGAGAAACCAGGAAAAUAAUCUUACAUUUGUGAUUCAUUGGUGACUUUCAGACAAUUAUCUGCUUAGGGAAUAGCCCAUUCAGAGUUUAGGAAGGGAGAAACAUAGGUUAGAUAAUAUAUUGGUUGUGUUUGGGCUAGGUUGAGUGUUAGGGCCCUUGCAUCUUGUAACUCCAUGUUGACGUGUGAUUUCCCUCCCAUCUGCUAACAGCCUACCAAGGACGUACCCUUGCUGACUCGGCCACAGGUUGGUAAAACUGCCCGAGAAGCACGAAUCCUGCCUGGCCUUCUCAGCUUGUGUGUCUGGCCUUCCUCCAUGUAGCUCAUGGUUGAGGAGUCUGCACUCAAUCGCCUGCUCCCUUAGCCUUGCUCCAUUGCUUACGCCCUGCUCAAACAGAGCUAACCUGUUUCACAUGAAAAUGACCCUGCAAUGUGUGUCAGUGCAAUACUAAUAUCGCAGCUUACCUUGUUUCGAGGUGAAGGCAUCCUUGGGAAACAGGUCAGAUCAAAGAAGCUAACGAAAAUAAAUACACAUAAUCACAUAAUAUAAAGGAAUACAAUUAAAUACCAAAGUGGACACAUCAAUAACAAGUACAGCAAAGAAAAAUAGCCUAAACGACAUUUAAAAAAGAAUUCUAAAUAUUUGUAAUCAUUGGCACCUGCCCAGCAUGUUAUCAGUGGAAAUUUAGUGAACACAUAUAGGGUAUAUUUCUUAGAAUAACCUAAUACCCCCAGAUCUUUCAGGAUGUGAUGCUCUAAGUCAAACCUGCUUUCUCAUUGACAGCCGCUAGAGGCACUUCCGCGCUUCUCACUGUGAUUUUCACAGUGAGAAGACGCCAGCGUCCAUAGGAAAUCAUUGAGAAUGCCUAUGGACUGGCUGAAUGCGCGCAUGCGCAUUCGGCAGAAGAGGGAGGAGAGUCAGUAGUGCCGAGGGAGCCCGGCGCUGGAGAAAGGUAAGCCUUAAACCCCUUCCUCCCCCUAGAGCCCGGCGGGAGGGGGGCCAUGAGGGUGGGGGGGACCUAUUAACACUAUAGUGCCAGGAAAACUAGUUUGUUUUCCUGGCACUAUAGUGGUCCUUUAAUGAAGACGUUUUGGUGUAUAGAUUAUGCCCCUGCUGUUAAAUCACUUUGUUUAUGCUGCAAAGCUAAUUAUUGCAGUUUUUAAGAAACUGAAAUAAUUAGCUUGGUGGGUUAUUAUUAUAAUAUUUAUAUAGUGGGUGGAGUAACAAACAUGUAGUUGUAACCAGACAAGUUGGACACACCGGAACAGAGGGGUUAAGGGCCCUGCUCAAUGAGCUUACAUGCUAGAGGGAGUGGGGUAUAGUGACACAAAAGGUAAGGGACGUAUUAGGGAAGUAGAUUGGUAGAAUAGUAUUCAAUAAAGACUUAGUGUGGGGCCAUUAACAGUUUAAUUGAUAUGCUUUUGUGAAAAAGUGAGUUUUUAAGGAUUUUUUGAAGGAGUGGAGACUGGGUGAGCGUCUGACGGAGAAGGGAAAGGAGUUCCACAGGAACGGUGCAGCCCUAGAGAAGUAUUGGAUACGAGCAUCAGAGGUGGGAGUACGAACAGAGGAUAGACGGAGGUUUUCAGCAGAGCGUAGGGGCAUAGACGGGAUAUACUUGUGUAUUAGGGAGGAUAGAUAGGUGCGAGUAGCAUUAUGUAGAGAUUUGAAAGUAAGAACUAGAAUUUUAUAUUGAGCCCUAUAUCUUACGGGAAGCCAAUGCAGGGACUGACAGAGGGGUGAGGUGUGGGAGGUGCAGCCAAACAGGAAGAUGAGUCUUGCCGCCACAUUCAUUAUAGACUGCAAUGGGGCAAGCUGAGAGCACGUAAGACCACUGAGAAGAGGAUUACAGUAGUCAAGGCGAGAGAGGACAGUGGAAUGGACCAGCACCAUAGCCGCAUCCUGCGUUAAGUAGGGGCGGAUGCUCAUAAUGUUUUUGAGAUGGAAGCGACAGGAUUAGGCAGUAAACUGGACGUGAGGGGUGAAGGAGAGGUCGAAGUUAAAGAGAACACCUAGGCAGCGAGCCUGCAUCGUGGAGCUGAUGGCAGCACCAUUGCAACACUUGAGGGAGGUAAGACCAGAAGUUCUGUUUUGUACAAGGUGAGCUUAAUGAAGUGGGCAGCCAUCCAGUUAGAAAUAGCAGAAAGGCAGUCAGAGACACUAGUCAAGAGGGGCGGGGAGAGAUCAGGGGAGGACAGAUAGAUAGGGUUAACUCCACCUCUAAUGGCUGUCUACUAGACAGACGCUAGAUGGACUUCAGGGCCGUUAGGUGAUCUUUGGUCGCCUAACUGACAAUGGAUAUCCUCACGCCAGGUGUCGUGGCUGCAACCGGGCCCGGCCGCCCUGCGACCCGGUAUGUACCCAGUGUGGCCAGCCUCUUUUCAUGGGGGGCCCAGGAGCCGGCCACCUCAGGGCCCCCCGAGGCUGUCCCUGGUGUCACCCGGUGGACGGGCUGGUGGGCGCACGAGGGAGCAUUCUCCCCUGAGUGCUUCCUCUUCAGCUCCCUCGCACACCGCACUGAUACCGGAGCCGGAAGAUGACGUCAUAUUCCGGCUCUGGCAUCAGUACACGGCGCGCGAGGGAGCUGAAGAAGAAGCACUCAGGGGAGAAUGCUCCCUCGCUCACCCACCCGCCUGCCUGGUGUCCGGCCGCCCAGCAACACCACUGGACCCCAGGGAAUCCCCUCAGCACUCCCAAAGGUAGGGAGGCUGGGGGGUUACAUUUAAAAAAAAAUAUGUGUGUGUUAGUGUGUGUGUUAGAGUGUGUGUGUUAGAGUGUGUGUGUGUUAGUGUUAGAGUGUGUGUUAGUGUAAGGGUGUGUGUGUUAGCGUUAGAGUGUGUGUGUUAGUUUUUGUGUCAGUGAGUGUGUUACUGUGUGUGUGUGUGUCUGUUAGUGAGUGUGUGUUUUGUAAGUGAGUGUGUAUGUGUCUGUCUGUCUGUCAGUGAGUGUGUAUGUGUGUCUGUCAGUAAAUGUGUGUGUUUGUUAGCUAGUGUGUAUGCGUCUGUUCGUGAGAGUGUGUGUGUGUCUGUUAGCUAGUGUGUAUGCGUCUGUUUGUGAGAGUGUGUGUGUGUCUUCAGCACUUACCUUUCUCCAGCGCCGGACUCCCUUGGCGCUGAGGAUCCCUCCGCCCCGAUCUGCCUCUCAGCUCCGAAUGCGCAUGCGCGGCAAGAGCAGUGCGAGCAUUCAAACCGCCCAUAGAAAAGCAUUACUCAAUGCUUUCCUAUGGAUGUUCAGCAUCUUCUCACUGUGAUUUUCAAUGAGACAGCCACUAGAGGCUGGAUUAACUCUCAGUUAAACAUAGCAGUUUCUCUGAAACUGCUAUGUUUUCAGCUGCAGGGUUAAAACUAGAGGGACCUGGCACCCAGACCACUUCAUUGAGCUGAUGUGAUCUGGGUGUCUGUAGUGGUCCUUUAAGUGUAUGUGUAUCUGGCGACCAGGUGCCCGCCGCCAUGUGUUGCGCACCCAGCCUGCGCAGAGUAAGCACGGGGGGUGGGGGCGGGGGCCCACGGAUCAGUUUUGCACCGGGGCCCCAUGGGUUGUGUGUACGCCACUGCCUCACGCUUUGCACGGAGUCAUCCAGCGUCACCAAAAACCCCAUAGGAAAGCAUUGUAUAAUCCUUUCCCAGGGGGAAAGCCUAAUGCGAGCGUAGCCAUUGCCCAUGGGUCUUCCCGCCGGCUGACAUGGGCAGGGGGAGGAGUGAAGGCAGACCUGAACCAGCGCCAAGGGACAUCGGUGCUGGACUGAGGUAAAUAACAGAAGGGUUUUUAACCCCUUAUGAACCACGGGAGGUAGUGGGGGGGCACGAGGUAGGAGGAAGCUAUAGUGCCAGGAAAACAAUUGUUUUUCCCGGCACUCAUGUUUCCCUUUAGCCACUGUCCAUAGGAUAUUCCUUAUAUUAACCAUUCUUUCUGCCUGCAUUGCCAUGCGCAAGGCUUUUUGCUUCAAAUGACCUUUGGGAUCAUAGUCAUAGUAUAAAACCACACGGUUUUUCCUAUUGUCUCUUCUUGUGUACAGACAGGAACCACAGAGCAAUUCUGGAACAAAGAAAAUGUGUUUCUAUAUAUCAGAAUUACAUGUCAUCUUUUUUUCUGUUUCUUCUUACCCCUAGAUGGAGAGAUUACAUCUAAGCCAAUGGUGUUGUUUUUGGGACCUUGGAGUGUUGGCAAAUCCACUAUGAUCAACUACCUCUUGGGGCUAGAUGAAUCCCCUUAUCAGUUGUACACAGGUAACGACAGAAGACAUCUUUGUUUCAAUACUAGUAUUUACUUUUUUUUAUGGCACUACUGAUGGCCACCUGUCAAUUCCAAUUCGUGCAAGUAAUAUCUAUCUGCCCAUCUUACUUAUAUUAGUAGACAGACAGUUAUAUGGACAGACAGAAUGCAUAAUAAUACAUUUUUUAAGGGGGAAAAAACCAUUCUGCCUAUUUCACAAUUUCUCAUGUUUAAGACAAGUGAGAGCCAAUAACCACCCUAAAGUCCAUUGACAAUUUAUGGGCAUUUCGUUUUUUUGACAGGUGCUGAGCCCACCACUUCCGAAUUCACAGUCCUGAUGCAUGGGCCAAAGGUGAAGACCAUUGAGGGCAUUGUGAUGGCUGCUGACAGUGGCCGCUCUUUUUCACCACUGGAAAAAUUUGGACAAAACUUCCUGGAAAAACUCAUUGGGAUUGAGUUCCCCCAUAAGCUGCUAGAGAGAGUUACGUUUGUGGACACCCCUGGUAUCAUUGAGAAUCGCAAGCAGCAGGAAAGAGGUAAGGAUGGAUUAACAGACAUGUCCAUUUUAUUAAAUUUAAUAUACAUUAGCUGGGUUUUUGGUAACAUACCAUUUCCUAGUGGAGAUGUGCAUAGAAAGAAUUUUUGUUUUGGCUAGUUUCAGUUCAGUCGAUAAUUUUCAAUUCUCAGUUCAGUCGUAAUUAGUAUCGACUCAAUUAAUUCGAACCGAAAAUAUUUUCGUUAAUUUACAGAAUUUCUGAAUCCAAAAGGGGGCAGUCACAAAAUCCCCUAAAGGGGGAUAUUCAAGAAAGGUUACUACACACCAUCGAAUAUAAGUCAAAUUAAGUUAAAUAAUAAUUAACAAAAAUUUGAUCGGUGUGAAAACGAUUGCAUAUGUCUAUAUUCUAGUCAAUGUCUGAAUUGGUAUAAUGAGAAAAGUUAGAGUGGAUUUCGCACCCAAAACUGGGGACUUUUUGUUAUUUUGUGUCAUGAUUCCUUCUCUAUCACUUCCAAUGCAGGUUAUCCAUUCAAUGAUGUCUGCCAGUGGUUCAUUGAUCGUGCUGACCUGAUCUUUGUGGUGUUUGAUCCAACCAAGCUGGAUGUAGGUCUUGAACUAGAGAUGCUUUUCCGGCAACUGAAAGGUCGAGAGUCUCAAAUCCGUAUCAUCCUGAAUAAGGCUGACAGCUUGGCCACCCAAGAACUGAUGAGGGUAUAUGGAGCCCUCUUUUGGAGCUUGGCUCCCCUGAUUAAUGUGACAGAGCCCCCAAGGGUAUAUGUUAGCUCUUUCUGGCCUGAAGACUACCAUCCUGAGACACACAGGGAACUCUUCCUCAAAGAGGAGAUCUCACUACUAGAAGAUCUUAACCAGGUCAUUGAGAACCGUCUUGAAAACAAGAUUGCCUUCAUCCGCCAGCAUGCUAUCAGAGUGAGGAUCCAUGCUCUGCUGGUGGAUCGGUACCUGCAGACUUACAAAGAAAAGAUGACUUUCUUCAGUGAUGGAGAGCUGGUAUUUAAGGACAUUGUGGAUGACCCUGACAAGUUCUUCAUCUUCAAGUCCAUCUUGGCUAAGACCAAUGUCAGCAAGUUUGAUCUACCCAACAAAGAGGCUUAUAAAGAUUUCUUUGGCGUAAAUCCAAUUACAAGCUUCAAGCUGCUAUCCCAACAGUGUUCCUACAUGGGAGGCUGCCUCAUAGAGAAGAUUGAGAGAGCCAUCUCCAAUGAGCUCCCUGAUCUUCUUGGCAGUAUCGGCCUGGGCAAAAAGCCAGGUGCUCUCAACUGUGAUGCAACUGGCUGCGGAGAAGCACCAAAAAAUCGUUACAAAAAACACUAAUUCAUCUCUAUCUUCAUCCCUCUUAUAUUUCCAGAAAAUUUUAAAUAAAGAAAACACAGUGUUUCAGAUCCAUAAAAAAGGUCCUGUGAUCUUUUGGUGACUGAACUUAUCUGCUCUAGAAAACCUUGCAGACCCCAUCCUUUCUACAAUGUGUCCUUGACGCAUGUCACAAAGAUACUUGUAUACGUUCUCUUCGGUGCUGAAGGGAUCAAUGUGUCUUGUUACCCUGGUGCUGACGGAAUCAAGGGAAAUGUUAGUGGAAUCUACUGGAAACUUGAUCAAACUGGUGAAACUUCCAGAGAGGCUGCAGUGACCCAGUAAGAUUCCUCUCAUCUCAUGGCACCAUCCAUUCUCUGAUUAAAAAGAUUGUUUUUCUUUGUCUUACUAACACUAUGAGAUAGAUGGCUUAGUGUGGAGCUCACUGCAGACUCUCUGAUAUCUUCAGUGUAAGUCUAAUUCAAGAAGGCAACACUUUUAUAUGUGAACACUUCACUAUGGUAGAUCCAAUCAGUCUCUGUGGCUUAUCUGGCAUUCCAUGCCUGUAGAAAAUCAAGUUAUCAACAAUAUUUAAUUACAAUUAGGAUCAUUUUGCAUUUGACAAUCUAAUCAGUUUUAUUAAAAUAUUUUCCUUGUUUUAAUUCAAAUUCUUUCAAGAAUCUGGAUUUUUCUAUUACAAACACAAAAUGUAAUUGGUUGUACUAGUAACACUACAACACAGGUUUCUGACACAUGGCACAUAAAUAGUACAAUUGUUUAGUACAGAUAUAUAGUUUUACGUAGAGAAACACAAAUACUCUUUUGACCACAAGGCUGCUUUAUUUACUUUAUUUUAUGUUAAUGUAUUUAUUUUUCUGUGAGUGUAAAACCACUGCCAAUCACAACUUGCAAUUAAAGAAGUAAUACAGUGUGAAUACACAAGUUAAACAAAGGUCUUCUUGUUGUAUUGUCCAGUAUUUACCACAGCCCAUAAGGGUAAAUAUUGAGCUCACCCCUCAUAACUGAUCAAAUUAGAACUCACCAAAUUCACGAUGGUGGCAGAAGUGGGAUCACAACAUGUCAGCGACACACAGAAGGGUGAUAACUUUCAGUGACCAUAUGGUUACAGUAUUGCAAGACUAAUACACAAAAUCAGAUUUUGUUUAAAUUUGAUUUGAGCAAGAUAAAUGAGGAAAGGAAAACACUGCUGUAGAAAUAAGUGAUAUUUAAUGUGAUUGGCUACAAUCUCAGCUAAAAAAUCCUGAUUUUAACAAUGCCACGGCAGAGCCAUAUUACCUAAAACCAUCAUGUUUAGAGACAGACUGAAUGCUAAAAUGCCUUGAUGCCCCUGUGUGAUGUUACACUUCAUAAAGGGUCACACGGCCAUAAUACUAUUAAAAGCACCUUUCAGAUUUAUCAUUAGAAUACAGGUACUUACAUAUGUGUCAUGUCACUAGUAAGGUAAGGUUCUGCACAAGGUCCCAAUGUCAACACAGUAGAGUAUGGAGACUCUUUAAAAGAUAACUUGUAUCGACAGGGCGGUAUGUGAUUUCAUAAUUUGGCCAGGGAAGAGCACCUUCAAAAAAUACAGUUUUUGAAGUAAAUUAAAAUAGAAAUUAGCCUAAAAAAGGCAGUGGAUUGUCUGUCCGCAGUACCUAAACAUCAAAAUAAUGCCUUAAUACUGGAGUUUGUUUUACAAAGGGUGAAUUGUGCCUUAACCAUUUGAAUGCUGGGUGGACAGUAGACAUAAGAAAGGUUUACCGGAGAUAUGUUGAACGGAGAUGGAAACGAGGGAUUAGAAGAUGGGUAAGGAUUAGAGGAAGUGGGCGGAAAUAUCUUAUUGUUACAAUUAAGUGUGCUUGUCGUAGGUUUAAUUACCCCUCCUAAUGCAGGGCUGGUUAAUGGCUAAAACUCCACUAAGCAUCCAAGGAGUUGCAGUCCAGCAGCAGGCCUCCGUGGUCUUAAAGGAAUACUGUCAUGAUUUUUUUUACUACUAUUUAAAAUAAACUAUUACAUCUAUUAUAGCCUCUGUGACUGUGUGUAUUAUUUUGUUAAGUUGAUAUUACUUUUUAUGAAUUUUCUGGCUUACUCUUGCUUUAUGGGAACGGCCAUCUUUAACCCUUUAAGGACACAUGACAUGUGUGACAUGUCAUGAUUCCCUUUAAUUCAAGAAGUUUGGUCCUUAAGGGGUUAAAUCAUCCUUUGGUCAUCAUGAUCUUAGCAGAUAAGUGUUUUUUUCCAACUUCAGAUGGUCAUUUAUAUAUAGCAACCCCAGGUAGCAAGGGUAGUCACGGAUAUUCACUGAAAAUAAUUAGCUUUUAAUUAGUAUUCAAUAAAAAACAUCUCACUUACCUCCCCUACCCACCCUCCCCCCCCCAAAAAAAACAAACAAACAAAAAGCUCCAUAAAAAAUAAAAAAAGCCAAAAUACACCAGGCUAUAUUACAUGCAAUCUUUGUUUUUUUUGGCAAUAAUAAAAAUCUAUGACAGUUUUCCUUCAAAGUGACUCGCACAGUUCAUUACACACAGUUCCAUUUAGAACAGUGUGUUAAAGGUGCAUUCAGCUCUUGAGGGGUUAGUUAAUAUAGGGUACAAUAGUUUUAGAAUUAUUGGUUAAUUAGCAGUUGUCAUUCCCACGGUUGACGUAAUAAAUUCUGUUGAUUGUUUCUACCAUAAACACACCACCCACUUUGUUAUAGUGAUCCUCCGAAAUGAUUUUAUCCUCUUGAACGAAAUAAAAAGUUUGAGCUUAAUAACAACAAACAGCAUUUUGGACCUGAUUAUUCCACCUUAUUACUGCAGUAUUACUAGAGUACUCUGUACCUGCCUGCCACUUACUUAAAGGAUCACUAUAGUGUCAGGAAAACAGGUGUUUUCCUGACACUAUUGCAUCCUUAGGACCCCCCACCCUCAGGGUCCACCUCCCGCUCUGACCUCUGAUUUCUCAAUGCUUUCCUAUGGAUGUUUUGCACGCUGGAUGCGAAUUUCGCAUCCAGCGUCGCAGAAGCGCCUCUAGCGGCUGUCAGGAAGACAGCCACUAGAGGUUGGAUUAACCCUGCAAUGUAAACAUAGCAGUUUCUC